AUGUCGGCGGACGCGGAUCACGCGCGCAGGCGGAGGCACACGCACGACAACUGCGGUGAGGGGUCGCUUAUCUUCCGUGGGGAAGGGGGCGAAGUAGGGGCCGGGCAGGAGCAUCUCCCCUAGAGGAGGAGGAGAAACAGCUCUCCAGAUUUUUUAAAUAGUUAUCCUUUAUUACGCAUAGCUCUCCAGAUUUUCAUGGGCUUUUUUGGAGAGGUCUUUUUGCCAGCCCCACCCGGGGAUCGAACUGGCGACCUUUGGCAUGCAAAGCAAGGGGUUGCACACUGAAGGAGCGAUGACCCUCGAGUAGCAGAGCUGCGGAUAAUAUAGAAUUGGAAGGGACCCCGAGGGUCAUCUAGUCCAACCCCCUGCGACGCAGAAAUCAUUUGCCCAAAGUCGGGCUUGAACCCACAACCCUGAGAUUAAUAUUGUGCACGUGUGUACGUCUGUAUUGCUGGUUUAGGUUUCACAAAGCACCUUGAGAAGGCGUUUAGCUUUAAAGGUGGCAUAAAAAUAUUUUUAAAGUCUUCUUCUUCCGCGAUCACUCCUAGCCGAGUAAGAUUGUCUUCCAUAAACACGGUUUUAACAGUGAGUCCGUAAGUGACUGACUGUGGAGACCAAUUCUGGACCCAUAGGUCCUUCCACAAUGGGGACAUAGGUUUCCGGGCGGGAUUUGAUCACGGUGAGGGUUUGCCAAACGUAGCUUCCUCUUAGCAUGUUUCUCCCUUGCGUCCUGAGUUCAAGUGUCUUCAAAGCCAUGACACCUUUGGUCAAGGCUGUUCUCCAACUGGAGCGCUCGCAGGCCAGUGUUUCCCAAUUAUUGGUGUUUAUACUACAUUUUUUUUAGAUUUGCCUUGAGACAGUCUUUAUACCUCUUUUGUUGACCACCAGCAUUACACUUUCCAUUUUUAAGUUUGGAAAAGUGUAGUGUAAUAAUUCUAAAUGCAGCUUUUAAAAUAAAUUUGCAUUGUGAAGCUAGAACGGACUCCCUCUGGAGAUUGUGGACUCUCUUUCCUUGGUGGUUUUAAAGUAGAGUUUGGAUGGCAAGCUGUCAUGGAUGCUUUAGCCGAGAGGUGGACUGGAUGACCCUUGUAAGGUUACCAGAUUUUUUUUAUGAAUCCGGGGACACUUAGAAUCAUAGAAUCAUAGAGUUGGAAGAGACCACAAGGGCUAUCAAGUCCAACCCCCUGCCAAGCAGGAAACACCAUCAGAGCACUCCUGACAUAUGGUUGUCAAGCCUCUGCUUAAAGACCUCCAAAGAAGGAGACUCCACCACACUCCUUGGCAGCAAAUUCCACUGUCGAACAGCUCUUACUGUCAGGAAGUUCUUCCUAAUGUUUAGGUGGAAUCUUCUUUCUUGUAGUUUGGAUCCAUUGCUCCAUGUCCGCUUCUCUGGAGCAGCAGAAAACAACCUUUCUCCCUUCUCUAUGUGACAUCCUUUUAUAUAUUUGAACAUGGCUAUCAUAUCACCCCUUAACCUCCUCUUCUCCAGGCUAAACAUGCCCAGCUCCCUUAGCCGUUCCUCAUAAGGCAUCGUUUCCAGGCCUUUGACCAUUUUGGUUGCCCUCCUCUGGACACAUUCCAGUUUGUCAGUGUCCUUCUUGAACUGUGGUGCCCAGAACUGGACACAGUACUCCAGGUGAGGUCUGACCAGAGCAGAAUACAGUGGCACUAUUACUUCCCUUGAUCUAGAUGCUAUACUCCUAUUGAUGCAGCCCAGAAUUGCAUUGGCUUUUUUAGCUGCCGCGUCACACUGUUGGCUCAUGUCAAGUUUGUGGUCAACCAAGACUCCUAGAUCCUUUUCACAUGUACUGCUCUCAAGCCAGGUGUCACCCAUCUUGUAUUUGUGCUUCUCAUGUUUUUUGCCCAAGUGCAAUACUUUACAUUUCUCCCUGUUAAAAUUCAUCUUGUUUAAAUAGAUAGAUAGAUAGAUAGAUAGAUAGUUCGGGACGUUGAUGCUGCAGCGAUGGCGGUGGCAGAGGGGCAGCUGCCGCCUUGACCUCAACCCCCUUCCUCCGAGGCUUCUGUCGCCUUUCUCCCUGAGCCUGGGCAGCCCCUGAGUUGUGGGUUUUUUGGUGGUGGUGGUGGGGAAGCUGUGUGCGGUGGGUCAGGCAUGGAAGGCGGAGAAGGAGGGCCGAGAGCGGUGGCUGUGGCGAGGUUCGGGCAACGCGUUGCCUCCCUUCUCAUCAGAGCAGCCCCAAUCCCAUUCCUACUUGUGUGCAAACAGGAAAGGGCAGUGAACCCUCAGCUGGGAAGGGAGGCUUCACACUGCAUUUUGGAGCAGCCCCAAUCCCAUUCCUACUUUCGUGCAAGCAGGAGGGGGCAGGGAUCCCUCAGCUGGGAAGCAAGACUUCACACUGCCUUUUGGAGCUGAGGGCCUCAUCAAACCGAAAUCCGGCCCUGCCUUUAUCCCAUCUUAAAAUGGGGCAUGCGAGUGUCAAACGAUGCUAGCCGGGCCAGAGAACGAGGGUCCUCUUAAGGCAGGCUUCCUCAACCUCGGCCCGCCAGGUGUUUUGAGACUACAAUUCCCAUCAUCCCUGACCGCUGGUCCUGUUAGCUAGGGAGCAUCGGAGUUGUAAGCCAAAAACAUCUGGAGGACUGAGGUUGAGGAAGCCUGUCUUAAGGGAUGGGUAGGCAAACUAAGGCCCGGGGGCCGGAUGCGACCGAAUUGCCUUCUAAAUCCGGCCCACGGGACGGUCUGGGAAUCAGCGUGUUUUUACAUGAGUAGAAUGUGUCCUUUAUUUAAAAUGCAUCUUUGGGUUAUUUGUAGGGCAUAGGAAUUCAUUCAUUCCCCCCCACAAAAUAUAGUCCAGCCCCCCACAAGGUCUGAGGGACAGUGGACUGUGCCCCUGCUGAAAAAGUUUACUGACCCCUGUCUUAAGGCAUUUUGUGCAAAGUCCCUCACCUGCUGCUCUUUCUGCCCGUAGCGGUCCGGAGGAUUGAAGGGUAAUUAAGAUUUCAGAUUUGAAAUGCUGGAAAGAUGAGAUCACCCUGCUGCCCAUUGAUCCAGCCAAUCGCCCUGAAUUCUUGGGGAUUAGCGGACCUUGGCAUUUCAAAGAGGGCGAGAUAAAUGGAUGGAGGAUAACGCUAUCACUGUGGCUACUGGCCACAGGCAGUAGGGCUCUGAAAAAUACUAUUUGCUGGGAAUUCCUAGUGGGGAAAGUGAGCUGUUGCGGUCAGAUCCUGCCCAUUGAAGCAUCUGGUUGGCCGCUGUGAGAACAGGAUGCUGGGCUAGACAGGCCUGAUCCAGCUUGUAGGAUUCUUCUUCUGUUCUUAUUUAAAGCAGAGCAUCCAUGAGGUUUAGCUCGGUCGAUAGAGCAUGAGACUCUUAACUUGCAGGUUGUGGGUUCGAAUCCCACAUUGGGCGAAAGAUUCCUGCAUCGCAGGGGGUUGGGCUAGAUGACCCUCGUGGCCCCGUCUUCCAUUCUGUGAUUCUGUAUCCUGCUUCUAGAAGCCAGACAGCACAGGGAAUUAAGGGAGAAGUUGCAUUCGUUGCUUCACAACAGAGCCCAAGCUCUUGGAGCCGAAAGCACUCGUUUUUUCCCCAUCUUCCAGAGUUGCCAGAUAAAAUCAGGUUUUAUCUUGAUAGCCUUUGACCCUAAAUUCUUCCAUUGUCUUGUCUCCUCCUGCACCUCCUUAAAAAGAAAAUUCUGGGUCACCAACAGGGCCUCUUUCACGGCCUUGGUGGAUAAGAUCGUGUUUGCGUUGCGAUUGCGUGGGGCUCUGCACGUCUCUGCCUCAAACCCUCACCUUGCGGGGGAAGCAAGUUCCCACCCAUUUCAAGCUGAAACUACAACUCAUUGGGCAGAAAACUCGGAGGCUGACAGUAGGGGGCGCUAAAGCCAAUAGCACCAUCUACGUCAGGCAUAGGCAAACUCGGCCCUCCAGAGGUUUUGGGACUACAACUCCCAUCAUCCCUGACCACUGGUCCUGUUAGCUAGGGAUGAUGGGAGUUGUAGUCCCAAAAUGUCUGGGGGGCUGAGUUUGCCUAUGCCUGAUCUAUGUCGUGCAUUGAAAGCAGCAUCUUACCACUUUAAACAGCCAUGGCUCUCCCCGCAAGCAUUCUGGGAACGGUAGUUUUCUAAGAGUGGUUAGGAGAACCCAUUUUCUCCCUCUUAGCAGACCUGAGAUUUCCAGAGUGCUUUAGCAACCAAUCCCUCUUCCCAGGGUGCUCUGGGAGUUGUAGUUCUGCGAAGGGAGUAGGGGUCUUGUGUUAACGCUCGGCAGCUUUUUAACAAACUACAGCUCCCAGGAUUCCUUGGGGGAAGCCAUGGCAGUGAUGGGAUGAUACUUUCAAUGUAUGGUUCAGAUGGGAGCCUUAGUUGUGUUCAUUCAUUUCAGCUCACCUACUCCUAGUGAAAAAGGGAUGCGGGUGGCGCUGUGGGUUAAACCACAGAGCCUAGGGCUUGCUGAUCAGAAGGUCGGCGGUUUGAAUCCCUGCGACGGGGUGAGCUCCUGUUUCUCGGUCCCUGCUCCUGCCAACCAAGCAGUUCGAAAGCAUGUCAGAGUGCAAGUAGAUAAGUAGGUACCGCUCUGGCAGAAAGGUAAACGGCGUUUCCAUGCGCUGCUCUGGUUUGCCAGAAGCGGCUUAGUCCUGCUGGCCACAUGACCCGGAAGCUGUAUGCCGGCUCCCUCGGCCAGGAAAGUGAGAUGAGCGCCGCAACCCCAGAGUCAUCCGCGACUGGACCUAAUGAUCAGGGGUCCCUUUACCUUUACCUUACUCCUAGUGAAACUUAGUUGAAUAUGACCUGAUGUUUUCAUUUCUGUUCCUGGGAUGUGUUUUUCUAUUCUCUGCAAUGGCUGGCAGCAGCUGUCCUGGGUUCCAAACGAGGGUCUCUCUCCCAGACCUACCCUUUGAUCGAAGCUGGGGCCUUCUGCAUGUGGGGCACACGCUCUGGGUCAGGAGCGAGCCCCACCCUUGCUGGGAGACCAGGGAGAAGACAUUCCAGGUUGCUGUGACUCCCAGCAGCCUCGUUUCACAUGGCUGAUGGCCAGGGAUGCUGUGAGCUGUAGUGCAAACACUUCUGGAGGGCAUCAGGUUGGGAAAGGCUGCUCUAGGCUUCGGGGCAGGGAGCUAAUGCAUGGAGAGGCAAACUUGUUGUUGUUUAGUUGUUUAGUCGUGUCCGACUCUUCGUGACCCCCUGGACCAGAGCACACCAGGCACUCCUGUCUUCCACUGCCUCCCGCAGUUUGGUUAAACUCAUGUUCGUAGCUUCGAGAACACUGUCCCACCAUCUCGUCCUCUGUUGUCCCCUUCUCCUUGUGCCCUCCAUCUUUCCCAACACCAGGGUCUUUUCCAAGGAGUCUUGUCUUCUCAUGAGGUGGCCAAAGUAUUGGAGCCUCAGCUUCAGGAUCUGUCCUUCCAGUGAGCACUCUGGGCUGAUUCCCUUCAGAAUGGAGAGGUUUGAUCUUCUUGCAGUCCAUGGGACUCUCAAGAGUCUCCUCCAGCACCAGAAUUCAAAAGCAUCCAUUCUUCGGCGAUCAGCCUUCUUUAUGGUCCAGCUCUCACUUCCAUACAUCACUACUGGGAAAACCAUAGCUUGAACUAGACAGACCUUUGUUGGCAAGGUGAUGUGUCUGCUUUUUAAGAUGCUGUUUAGGUAGGCAAACUAAGGCCUUCUAAAUCUGGCCUGGGGACAGUCUGGGAAUCAGCGUGUUUUUACAUGAGUAGAAUGUGUCCUUUUAUUUCAAAUGCAUCUCUGGGUUAUUUGUGGGGCAUAGGAAUUGGUUCAUUUCCACCCCAGAAUUAGAGUCCGGCCCCCCACAAGGUCUGAGGGACAGUGGACCGGCCCCCUGCUUUAAAAGUUUGCUGACCCCUGAGCUAACGCAUCACGUCCCUUGGUUUCCCUGUGGGGGUGUGGGGGUGGUGAUGAUUCCCUCUCUCCUCCCUCCUUCCUUUGUUGAUGUUCAUCCCAAGACGUCUUAAGGCUCCGAGACGGUUAAGCUGCCCUUAAUCUCUCAGUGGUGUCUAAUUGAUUGCCUUGGUGCGCAUCAUGUGAGCCCCGCACCCCACGGGCUGCGCAUAAUUCUCCUCGCCAUCAUCUGAUGAUUGCGCCAGUCCCUUGGUGUCAGGUGGCAAGUCCGUUAGCUUUCCGUGGGGCUGUGAUUUCACGGCGCCGCAAGCAUUUUGCUCGCUACAGGCCUUACAACUCCCUGGUCCUGAAUGGGGUAACUGUGCCCCUGAAGGACCAGGUGCGCAGGCUGGGAGUCAUUUUGGACUCACAGCUGUCCAUGGAGACGCAGGUCAAUUCUGUAUCCAGGGCAGCUGUUUACCAGCUCCAUCUGGAAUGCAGGAUGAGACCCUCCCUGCCCGCAGACUGUCUCGCCAGAGUGGUGCAUGCUCUGGUUAUCUCCUGCUUGCACUACCGCAAUGCGCUCUACGUGGGGCUACCUUUGAAGGUGACCCGGAAACUACAACUAAUCCAGAAUGUGGCAGCUAGACUGGUGACUGGGAGCGAACGUCGAGACCACAUACACCAGUCCUGAAAGACCUACAUUGGCUCCCAGUACAUUUUCGAGCGCAAUUCAAAGUGUUGAUGCUGACCUUGAAAGCCCUAAAAGGCGUUUUUGUUUUCGAGGCUUUUUCGGUUAAUUUGUUUUUGUGACUGUGUGGAACCCAGUUCAGCUACUGAUUGAUUGUGUGACUGCAGUACAUCGUUUAUUGCUUUCAUUUUAUGGAUCAGUGGUUUCGUUAGAUAGUAAAAUUCAUGUUAAAUUGCUGUUUUAGGGGUUGUUUUUAAAAGUCUGGAACGGAUAAAUCCAUUUUGCAUUGCUUUCUAUGGGAAAGCGCGCCUUGGUUUUGGAACGCUUUGGUUUUGGAACGGACUUCUGGAACGGAUUAAGUUUGAGAACCAAGGUACCACUGUAUAUCUAACGUCCGAAAGGUAUCUUUUUAAAGGACAGGGCCAGUCCUUCGUUGCAACCUGGGAAACUGCGAUUUCCCAAAGCUCCCUGUUCUUGUGUACACACAGCAGUGCAGAGAAACCUCUGUGGAGCUAUUCUGAUCCCUUUGGAGGAAUGUUCUGUACAUAGCAGAGUGGUGUCAAAUUCCUAGGGGCUCACCAUAUUAGCAGAUUUUUAAUCCCCCCCCCUAAGAGUUGUGGGCCACUUUCAAGGCUGAGUUACAGGGUUAUAAAGACAAGGAUUAACCGCCUGAGAAACAGUUUCUAUCCAAAUGCGAUUUUGGUUUUAAAUGCAAUGUAAGGAGUCUCUAUGGGAGUAUAUUGUAUUUUAAAAAUAUCAGAGUUUUUAGGGGGCUAACCAGGUUGGGAUAGAUGGGAUAGCAGGAUUGUUGGUUUUGAAGGCCUUAUGUAGAUUUUUUUUUCCAGUUUCGUUGUUCUGUAUAGGACAAUGAUAAUAAAGAUUAUCUUUUUCAACCAAUGUUUUUAUUAAUUUCCAAAUUUUUAACAACUACAACAUAACACAUAAAACAAAACAUAUGAAAAACAAACAUAGAAAAUUUCUUCCAAUCAAAAUCCAAGCUGAUUUCCAUUGUUAAGUGACUUCCUCAAAUCCUUCCUAACUGAUUUUCAUUAAAUCUCAUUUUAGCAAUUUUCCAGUAUUCAUUUUCUAAUAUAAUUAACUAUUUCAAAUUACUAACUUCCUUUCUUUUCAUCAUAGUCUCAGUGACAAUAAAGAUUAUCGAAUCGUAUCGUAUUUUUCCGUGUAUAAGACUAGGUUUUCCCCCCUUAAAAAUAAUGUCAAAAAUGUGGGGGCGUCUUAUACGCGGAGGCCAUCUCCCUCCCAUUUUCUUAAACUGGAGUCCCCCCAAAAUAGGGGGCGUCUUAUAGAUGGGAAAAUACGGUAACUUCCAGCAUUUAUCUGACAGCCAUUCUGUCUCCCCUUCCAGACUUCCCCAAAGAACUGGAGCCCAAGGCUGACCCACAUCGGAGGGGGUCUCUCUGCGACCGGCACUGCGCUGCCGUCAACAACACCCACGGGGACGUGGGCGACCUCCAUUCGGGGUCCCACCAACUCAUGCAUGGCAUCCUGACCCCCAGGAUACUGCCAGGUAAGGUGUGGGGGUGGAAACGGGGAGCUUCUAUUGUAAGAGGUAAAGGGACCCCUGACCAUUAGGUCCAGUCGUGACCGACUCUGGGGUUGCGGCGCUCAUCUCGCUUUACUGGCCAAGGGAGCCGGCGUACAGCUUCUGGGUCAUACGGCUAGCAUGACUAAGCCGCUUCUGGCGAACCAGAGCAGCGCACGGAAACGCCGUUUACCUUGCCGCCGGAGCGGUACCUAUUUAUCUACUUGCACUUUGACGUGCUUUUGAACUGCUAGGUUGGCAGGAGCAGGGACCGAGCGAUGGGAGCUCACCCCGUCGCGGGGAUUCGAACCACCAACCUUCUGAUCGGCAAGCCCUGGGCUCUGUUGUGGAUUUCAUGCUCUUUAUUCAGCUCAUCGUAGUUAGGAAUGAAAGUUUCCCCGAAAUGUCUGCUUUAUAUACAUUGUUUACACAAUGGGCCCCACGUGAUUGGCUAAUUCUGGGAUUCUCCCGUAGGCCAAUCAGGCUGCGGAUUCACUUCCACCCGGAGUUGGAUUGGGUGGCUCCUGUGGACCAAUCAGACUGCUGCAUUCUGGAUCCUAUCAUUCUAGGACCAAUCAGACUGCUGCAUUCUGGAUCCUUUUGUUCUCGGACCAACCAGACUGCUGCAUUCUGGAAUCUAUUGUUCCAGGACCAACCAGACUGCUGCAUUCUGGAAUCUAUUGUUCCAGGACCAACCAGACUGCUGCAUUCUGGAAUCUAUUGUUCUAGGACCAACCAGACUGCUGCAUUCUGGAUCCUAUUGUUCUAGGACCAACCAGACUGCUGCAUUCUGGAUCCUAUCAUUCUAGGACCAACCAGACUGCUGCAUUCUGGAUCCUAUCAUUCUAGGACCAAUCAGACUGCUGCAUUCUGGAUCCUAUUGUUCCAGGACCAACCAGACUGCUGCAUUCUGGAAUCUAUUGUUCUAGGACCAAUCAGACUGCUGCAUUCUGGAUCCUAUUGUUCUAGGACCAACCAGACUGCUGCAUUCUGGAUCCUAUCAUUCUAGGACCAACCAGACUGCUGCAUUCUGGAUCCUAUCAUUCUAGGACCAAUCAGACUGCUGCAUUCUGGAUCCUAUUGUUCCAGGACCAAUCAGACUGCUGCAUUCUGGAUCCUAUUGUUCUAGGACCAAUCAGACUGCUGCAUUCUGGAUCCUUUGUUCGUGGACCAAUCAGACUGCUGCAUUUUGGAUCCUAUUGUUCCAGGGCCAACCAGACUGCUGCAUUUUGGAUACUUUGUUCUAGGACCAAUCAGACUGCUGCAUUCUGGAUCCUUUGUUCUAGGACCAAUCAGACUGCUGCAUUCUGGAUCCUAUUGUGCCAGGACCAAUCAGACUGCUGCAUUUUGGAUCCUAUUGUUCCAGGACCAACCAGACUGCUGCAUUCUGGAUCCUUUGUUCUAGGACCAAUCAGACUGCUGCAUUCUGGAUCCUUUGUUCUAGGACCAAUCAGACUGCUACAUUCUGGAUCCUUUGUUCUAGGACCAAUCAGACUGCUGCAUUUUGGAUCCUAUUGUUCCAGGACCAAUCAGACUGCUGCAUUUUGGAUCCUAUUGUUCUGGGGCCAAUCAGACUGCUGCAUUCUGGAUCCUAUUGUUCUGGGGCCAAUCAGACUGCUGCAUUCUGGAUCCUAUCAUUCUAGGACCAAUCAGACUGCUGCAUUCUGGAUCCUUUGUUCUAGGACCAACCAGACUGCUGCAUUCUGGAUCCUAUUGUUCUAGGACCAAUCAGACUGCUGCAUUCUGGAUCCUCUUGUUCCAGGACCAAUCAGACUGCUGCCUUUUGGAUCCUAUUCAACUCAGUACAUAACAAUACCCCUCACGUGUCCUGAUGCCUCUGCCCGCUUCCUCCCUAGUGUUUUCGAACCCUUCCUGCUGCCCCCACCACUCUGAGGAAGUGCCGACAUGCGAUGGCUGCCUGGUCAAGACCACCCUCACCGCAGAGAAUGAGGUCGAGGCUCACAAGCUCUCCAACAAUUACAAGGUGAGUUCCUGGCAGGGAGAGGAGGGUGGGCGAUGGCAAAGGGCGGAGAGGAACGGAGCCCGGUGUGCCCAUUUCAAUUCCUGGCAAUGGAGUUGAGAGACGCCCUAACCUGGGGAGAAAACAGCAAAGACCCAAUGAAGAGAGCACAGCAGAGGUUAUAUUUUCUGAGAAUCCUCCGGGAAAACAAUCUCUCAAAGGACCUGUUGAUGGCAUUUUACCAUUGAACUGUGGAGAGUGUAUUAACGUAUGUUCUGUGUGUGUGGUUUGGGAGCUGCACGGCCAGGGAAAAAACAAUGCUGUCCAGGGUUGUAAAGACUGCGGAGAGAAUAAUUGGGUGCCCUCUUCCCACCUUGGAUCAAAUCUAUGCUUCCAGGUGCCAUAAGAAAGCGGCAGAGAUAGCGCAGGAUAGUGCCCACCCCGGAAAUGAUCUCUUUCAGAUUCUGGCUUCUGGAAGAAGGUCCAGGGUUAUAAAGACUAGGACUAGCCGCCUGAGAAACAGUUUCUACCCAAAUGCAAUUUUGGUUUUAAAUGCAGUGUAAGGAGUCUCUAUGGGAGUAUAUUGUAUUUAAUUAUGAUGUAUCAGAGUUUCUUAGGGGGUUAACCAGGCUGGGAUAGCAGGCUAGUUGGGUUUUGAAUGUCUUAGGUAGAUUUUUCAAUUUCGUUGUUCUGUAUGGGACAAUGGCAAUAAAGAUGAUCGUAUCAUAGAUCCGGCACAACCGCGAGGUGAGGUGUGGCAGUUGCCUCAGGCGGCAGAUCCAGUGUCCAGGGACCACACUGCUCCUGCCCCCCUUCUCUCUAGCCUCCUUUUUCUCCCUCUGUCGCCUUGAGCUUGCAUGGGGGGGGCUUCAGAAAAAGAGGAGAAGUUGAGGGGGGUGGCAUUUUUUGUUUCGCCUCCAGCGGCAAAAUGUCCUUGCUGCCAUUGUUGCUGUCUGAUCCCGCGAGCUCUUCUUAUUAAUUUAUUUCUCAAAAUAUAUACACCGCUUGGUUGCAAACAGGAACAGCAGCAGCAAUCCUCAAGGUGGUUUGCAUAAUGAUCAAGCAGGAAGGUUGAGGGGAAAUGGCAACAGCAUAAUAAUAAUAAUAAUAAUAAUAAUAAUUUUAUUAUUUAUACCCCUGCCCAUCUUACAGCACAUAUAAAAAAUGGUAAAACUUCAGACAUUAAAAACGUCCCAAUACAGGGUUGCCUUCAGAUGUCUACUAAAAGUCAAAGACAGUGGUACCUUGGGAUGCGAACAGAAUCCGUUCCGGAGCCCCGUUCGCAUCCUGAAUAGAACGUAAGACACGUCUGCGGGUCACAUUUUGCCACUUCCGCGCAUGCGUGCGACGUCAUUUUGAGCGUCUGCAUGAGCGGCGAAACCUGGAAGUAACGCACUCCGUUAUGCCACGGAGCAUAACUUGAAAACACGCAACCUGAAGCACAUUCAACCCGAAGUCUGACUGUAGUUUUUUCCCCCUUGACAUCUGGUGGGAGGGCGUUCCACAGGGCAGGCGCCACCACCAAGAAGGCCCUCUGCCUGGUUCCCUGUAACUUGGCUUCUCGCAGGGAGGGAACCGCCAGAAGGCCCUUGGAGCUGGAUCUCAGUGUCUGGGCAGAACGAUGGAGGUGGAGAUGCUCCUUCAGGUAUACUGGGCUGAGGCCGUUUAGGGCUUUCAAGGUCAGCACCAACACUUUGAAUUGUGCUCGGAAACGUACUGGGAGCCAGUGUAGGUCUUUCAAGUGUUAUAUGGUCUCGGUUGCCACUCCCAGUCCCCAGUCCAGCUGCCGCAUUCUGGAUUAGUUGUAGUUUUCUGGUCACCUUCAAAGGUAGCCCCACAUAGACUGCAUUGCAGUGGUCCAAGCAGGAGAUAACCAGAGCAUGCACCACUCUGGCGAGACAGGUGGGGUCUCAGCCUGCUUACCACAUGGAGCUGCUAGACAAACAUGGACUAAAAUGACCUCUACUUUUCUGCGCAGCGGGGUAGGUUUUUGGUUUUCUGCUCUUUCCUGGAGGCCCCACCCAAGUCUGCUGAGUGGUCCAGGGUCCAGUUUGAGUACAUUGAGAACAAUGGGGUGCAGUUUAAGUAAGGCGAAAACUGAGAGGGACCAGAGACCCAGAUAAUUGAGUUUAUGGAUUCUGUAGGUUAGCAGUGGAGAACCAGCUCAUGCACCUGGUAACUUUGAGGCUGGAUUACUGCAAUGCACUCUAUGUGGGGCUGCCCUUGGGUCUGGUUCAGACGCUCCAGCUGGUGCAGAAUGCUGCUUCCAAAUUGCUGACAGAAGCUUCUUGUUGAGAACAGCUGACACGAUUGUUAAAACAGCUGCAUUGACCGUCCAUCUGCUACCCAGCUGGAUUCAAGGUUCAUGUAUUAAUUCAGAGACUGCCAGAACCCUGAUAUCCUAGCCUGAUUAUCUGCAAGAGCACCUCGGGUUAUUCCCCUACAUUGGUGAGGCUCUUUUAACAACAACGACAACAAGAAACUGAGCCUUUAGCGUCGCUGGCCCGGUCCUGUGGAACUCUCUGCCACUGGAGAUUCAGCAGACGCCGUCUGUGCCAACUUUUAAACGCCCGCUGAAACCUUUUCUGUUUCUCAAGGCCUACGUAGGCAAUUAAGAGUGCACACCCCACAGUGGUCUUACUGCUGUUUGCUUUUGCUUUUAACUUGUUUUUAAGCUUUUGCUCUGUUGUAAACAAUGUUGAUAUAUUUCUUUGAUACGGCGGUACAUAAAUAUUUUUUAUAAAUAAAUAAAUGAGUUUUUUUGGUGGGGAGCAGGUUAGUUUUCCCCGCUUGCCUCAUAUCUUGGGUUCUACAAAUGCUAGAAACUUAACUCUUUAUUUGAAAAAAAUAAAGCCGGGGUUCUCGAGGUCACAAUUCAUCAACCGGGGGGCGGGGGGCAGGGCAGUAUCUCCCUUUGGCUUCCUGCAGACAUUCAUGGGAACUUCACUUUCAAACAGCCAUUGUUUCCCCGCUCAAGAGUCCCAGAAAUUGUAGUUUGAGAACCUAGAACCUAGAACUAUGGUUCCUAGAAAGGGCUUGGUGAUGCAACGUAGCUUUAAAAGGUAAAGGUAAAGGGACCCCUGACCAUUAGGUCCAGUCGUGGCCGACUCUGGGGUUGUGGCGCUCAUCUCACUUUACUGGCCAAGGGAGCCGGCGUACAGCUUCCGGGUCAUGUGGCCAGCAUGACCAAGCCGCUUCUGGCGAACCAGAGCAGCACACAGAAAUGUCGUUUACUUUCCCGCCGGAGUGGUACCUAUUUAUCUACUUGCACUUUGACGUACUUUCGAACUGCUAGGUUGGCAGGAGCAGGGACCGAGCAACGGGAGCUCACCCCGUCGCAGGGCUUUGAACUGCCGAUCUUCUGAUCGGCAAGUCCUAGGCUCUGUGGUUUAACCCACAGCGCCCCCCGUGUCCCUAACGGAGCUUUAAGUAGCUUUAAUAGAUGCCCCUGUAACAGACGACCUCUUUCUCCCUCUUGCAGUUUGGCUUUAAGAAAUGGAAGAGCCACGUCACAGCCAGGCCCUGGGAAGACCGCUCGGAAAUCGUGAAGGAGCUGUACUCUGACCUGAACAUAAUUAAAAGCCCUGCAGGUAAAAAAUAUAAAUAAAUACCUUGCCUAACAAUCAGCUGGACAUAAACAUCAAGAAGGGCUUGGUGUUUUUUUAAGAGGCCAUUGCUCCUGUAUCUUGCUGAAGGACGGACUUCUUGGAUGAAACUUUUACCCCACUUUCUCCAUUAAACGCUCCCAUUUAAAAAAAUACGUGGGGAAAAGUGCAUAUAAAACUCUGUUGAAAGAUCUCAAAUGCUAGUAGAAUUGUGAAGGUACAACAUCAUCAUCAUCAACAACAAUAAUAAUAUUUAUACACCACUCAUCUGGCUAAGUUUCCCCAGCUACUCUGGGUGGCUUCUAGCAAAAUAUUAAAAUACAAUAAUUCAUCAAAUAUUAAAAGCUUCCAUAAAUAGGGCUGCCUUAAAAUGGCUACUAAAAGUCAGAUAGUUGUUUAUUUCCUUGACAUCUAAUGGGAGGGUGUUCCACAGGGCAGGCGCCACCACCGAGAAGGCCCUCUGCCUGAUUCCCUGCAACCUCGCUUCUCGUAGGGAGGGAACCGCCAGAAGGCCCUCGGCGCUGGACCUCAGUGUCCAGCCUGGACGAUGGGGGUGGAGACACUCCUUCGGGUCUACUGUUCUGAGGCCAUUUAGGGCUUUCAAGGUCAGCACCAACACUUUGAAUUGUGCUCGGAAACGUACUGGGAGCUAAUGUAGGUCUUUCAGGAAUGGUGUUAUGUGGUCUCGGCGGCCGCUCCCAGUCACCAGUCUAGCUGCCGCAUUCUGGAUUAGUUGUAGUUUCCGGGUCACCUUCAAAGGUAGCCCCACAUAGAGCGCACUGCAGUAGUCCAAGCGGGAGAUAACCAGAGCAUGCACCACUCUGGAGAGACAGUCUGCAGGCUGGGAGGGUCUCAGUCUGCGUACCAGAUGGAGCUGGUAGACAGCUGCCCUGGACACAGAAUUGACCUGCUCCUCCAUGGACAGCUGUGAGUCCAAAGAUCAUCCACUCUGCCCCUCUGCCAAUGCAGAGAAUCCACAGCUAUAGCUACCCUCAUAGGUUGGCCAUCUGGCCUCUGCUUCAAAUCCUUGACUGAUGAAGAGUCCACCUCGUCCCAAGGCAACCUCUUCCUCCAAACUGCUAGGAAGCUCUUCCUAGUGCUUAGUUGAAAUCCUCAAACAUGAGUUAGGCACUGGGCAAAUGUUCUCUGGAGAGUUUUAAUUAUUUGAGGGCCAGUACUGGAAAAUUCCACUGUCCUGUAGCAACCCGAAAAGGUCUCUACCUGCAUAUAUAGUUAAAAGUAGCAUCCUACAACUAUAAGCAGUCAUGGUUUCCCCCAAAGAACCCUGGGAACUGUUCAUGCUUUCCUUGAAGACCCUAUUCUGCCCACAGAAUUACAAUUGUUGUGAUAACAGAUAAGACAAAUAUGAAAAAGUAUUUCACCCAUAUUAGUCUAAGUUGUAUAAAGGUCAAGUAAUCUCUUUUUUCAAAAAAACAAAACAAAGCACACACACAGAUGAAUACUUACAGAGAUAGCGUUUACCAAAGAUUAAGACUCUCAAAGACAAAUAAUGAAUGACCCUGUAGCUGUUCAAUAAUUAUGUGAUGCCAUCAAAAAAGUUCAGAAUGGAAAGGUACUGGACCAGAAGGACUGUUGGCUUCUUACCAUAAGUCUUUUGAAGAUGUACUUUUACAACCCUUUCAAUGGACAAUGGACAAUAUUUUACAGAGCGGUAAGAUUCCAGAUUGUCAGAGAGAGGUCAACUUGCAGCCGCUGGGAGAGAUCAUCAGGGGGUUUGGGCUGGGUGUUCAUCAGUAUGCAGAUGAUACCCAGCUCUACCUCUCCUUUAAAUCAGACCCAGUGAAGGCAGUGAAGGUCCUGUGUGAGUGUCUGGAGGCGGUUGGAGGAUGGAUGGCGGCUAACAGAUUGAGGUUGAAUCCUGAAAAGACAAAAGUACUGUUUUUGGGGGACAGGGGGCAGGCAGGUGUGGAGGAUUCCCUGGUCCUGAAUGGGGUAACUGUGCCCCUGAAGGACCAGGUGCGCAGCCUGGGAGUCAUUUUGGACUGACAGCUGUCCAUAGAGGCGCAGGUCAACUCUGUGUCCAGGACAGCUGUCUCCCAACUCUACCUGGUACGCAGGAUGAGACCCUCCCUGCCCGCGGACUGUCUUGCCAGAGUGAUGUAUGCUCUGGUUAUCUCCCGCAUGGACUACUGCAAUGCGCUCUAUGUGGGGCUACCUUCUUGGUAGCAGCGCCCAUCCUGUGGAACUCCCUCCCACCAGAUAUCAAAGAGAACAACAGCUACCAGAGUUUUAGCAGACAUCUGAAGGCAGCCCUGUUUAGUGAAGCUUUUAAUGUUUGAUGUAUUACAGUAUUUUAAUAUUUUUUGGGAAGCCGCCCAGAGUGGCUGGGGAAGCCCAGCCAGAUGGGCGGGAUAUAAAUAAUAAAUUAUUAUUAUAUUAUUAUAAUUAUUACACUUAUACCUAUAGAGUCUCAGGACUUGACUCUGAUGAAAAACCAUCGACCAAUUUCCUUACUGAACAAUGAUUAUAAGUUACUUACAUCAAUUUUGUCAGAAAGGUUAAAAAAGAUUUUGCAGGAUUCAAUUCAUCAUGAUCACUGUGGAUUCCUGCCUAAAAGACUGUUAAGAGAUAAUGUCAGAAAUAUAUUGGAUGCUUUGGAAUAUCUGAAUUGCCACAAGAAAUGAGCUGCUUUGAUUUUUUUGGAUGCAGAAAAAGCCUUUGACAAGGUGAAUUGGGUAUUUUUUGUUUAAAGCACUGCAGGAAAUGAACUUUGGUGAUAACUUUAUUAAAUGGGUAAAAAUGAUUUACAAAUCACAGAUAGCCCAGAUAAUUGUUAAUGGGAAAUCGACAAAACCCUGUGAGAUAACAGAAGGGGACAAAGCAAAAGUGUCCAUUGGCCCCAUUACCUUUCAUUCUGGUCUUGGAAGUCUUGGAAGAUGCGAGAAUUAUGGGAAUAAAGAUUGAAAAAGAAAGUUAUGGGCCUUUGCUGAUGACCUGAUAUUAGUUCUGGGAAAUUUGCUGCAGGGAAUGGAGAUUCUUAUGAAGUAAAUGAUUUUGGUAUGUUAGCAGGCUUAAAGGUUAAUGACCAGAAAACAAAAAUAUUAACAAAGAAUAUGACAACAGAAGAUCAGAACGUUUUGAUGGAGAAAAGAGGGUUUCCAAAUCAAAAAGAAUUAAAAUACUUGGGUACUACUAUGACAAGUAUGAAUUGUGUGUUGUUUCAAAAUAGCUAUGUUAAGACAUGGGCCGAAAUCAAAAAGAGAUACGUCAAGAUGGGAGAUGCUAAAAUUAUCGUUGUUGGGUAGAAUCUCAGUGAUAAAGAUGAAUGUUCUGCCUAGAAUGACAUUUUUAUUUCCAACAAUACCUAUUUCGACUAAUGAUUCACCGUUUCAACAAUGGCAAAAAGAUUUAUCUAAAAUUCUAUGGCCGUGGGGGGGGGGGGGGGAUGACCGAGAUUCAAAAUUAAAGCAUUGCAGGAUUCAAAGAAAAGGGGAGGGUUGGGUUUACCUGACCUGAAAUUGUAUUUUGUGGCUUCUUGUUUGGUGUGGAUGAAGGAGGGGGUGACACUGAAAAACAAGAGACUCUAGAACUUAGAAGCACAUGAUUUAAGGUUUGAAUGGCGUGGAUAUUUGUGGGGCAGUAAAGUCAAAGCUGAUGUGGAUUUCAAAAAUCUGAUUAAGAAUUUGGAAUAAAUAUGAACCUAGAAUAUGUCCAAAGACACCCGAAUGGAUUUCGCCACAAGAAGCUUUUCAUAGAAAAGAGGAGGUUGGUAAAGAGAAACCGCUAACUUAUCAAGAGUUAUUAGAGUGGAGUCAAGAAGGUUGUAAAAUUAAAACAAGGGAAAGUUAACAGUGGAAGGUUAUCAUUUCCAGCGGUUUUCUCAUUUACGACUAGCGAGAGAUUUAAGUUGGAUGAAAAGACUUUUUGGUGAAGGUCCCCUCCUCUCUCCUUUGCGUCCUUGAUGCCUUAACCUCCAAAGUUCUCUGCGUCUGAAGGAAGGGGACGUGGGAAAUGCGAGUCUGGGAUAGCCUUUGUGUGUUUUAAAAAACGAAUCUUCUACCUAGGCUCUAUGCUGACAUGUGGAAACCUUUUCUACCUCCUCUGUUUCGGAUGGUGGCUGUCCUUGCUCUACGUCCUGGUCUCCAUCCUGAUGUUCCUCACCAUCCUGGGGGUACCCUACGGUGAGUUACAGGGCCUUAGCCAGUGUAAAAUUGUAGAAUUGGGACCUCAGGGUCAUCUAGUCCAACCCCAGGAAUCUCAGAGCAUACGAAAAGCAGUUGAGGCUGCGCUCAUGUUCAAGAUCCAGUUUCGGGGAGGAGGGAGGGACUGAAGAGGCAAAAGCAAUGGAUGAGUGGAAAAUUCAGGACAGGUACGUUUGUAAGAACUCAGUUUGUCUAGUGUGGCAGCGUUUGGACUUUGGAACUCCCUGCCUAAUGAUACAAAGCAGGCACAUAUGUUGGAUGUUGAUGUCUGUUUUAACCAGUUUGAAUAUUUUAACAUUUUGGCCAAUAAUUGUGCAGUGGUACCUCUAGUUGCGGACACGAUCUGUUCCGGGGUGCCGUUCACACCCCGGAAAGUCCGCAACUAGAGUGGCCCUUCUGCGCAAGCGAGGAGAGCGACUGAGCGCUUCUGCACAUGUGCAAAGCGCACAGAACGCUUCUGUGUGUGUGCGCAAGGCGAAAUCCGGAAUUAUAUACUUCUGGGUUUGCCGUGUUCGCAAGCUGAAAAGACACAACAUGAACCUAACACAACACAAGGGAUAACUGUAUUCUUUUAUUCUCUUUCUAAACUACUUCGAGGUUUUUUUUUUAUUUUAAAAAAUAUCUAUCAAGAAGUACAUACAUUUUAUGAAAUAGGUAAUUUUUAAAAGGAAAUCUGCCCCAGAAAGCCAGAAGUAAUGUGACCAACAGCCUAAUUUUCGCCUUAGUGGCUGAGAAUAGUCAGGCUAACCUAAUGCGAUGUAGCUGAUUUUUCUGUGAGGAAAAGCCUGAGACUGCAUGCACCACGCCCAUUAUCCCAGAUGGGAUCUUGCCAGUGGCGGCUAGUGGCUGUUGGGAGUCGUAGUCUGGAAGGCAGAGCGCCCGGUCAGCGACAGAUCUACUGUGAAACAAAUCAAGCUGAACUGUCUGGUCGACCCAAUUUGAAUCGCAGAACUCAAACGGAUUAAUUUUGGGUGGUAUGAAUUCUGUCAAUCCCGGAGUUUGAGAUUGUCGGAAUAUUUUGUAAAAUGUGCUUCGCUUAGUAGGUGUUUCAGCUGAAAGAUUCUAUCGACUGUGGUCUUUUCUCAGUUUCAUUUCAUCAUUCUAGGAUGCAUCCUGCGUGUCUAGAACAUUCCCCACAUUUUCAUCCCACCAACAUAACUCAAAAGCUAUAAAUCACAGGACGUUUUUAUUCAACCCAGUGACUUCGGCACAUGAGAUAAUUCAGUACAGUGGGUGCUCGGGUUGCGAACGUGAUCCGUGCGGGAGGCACGUUCGCAACCCGCAGCGCACGCGUGGGUUGCGAUUCAGCGCUUCUGCGCAUGCGCAAAGCAUGAUUUAGCGCUUAUGCGCAUGCGCAAGCGCCAAAACCGGGAAGUAACCCUUUCCAGUACUUCCGGGUUUGGUGCCGUGUGCAACCCAAAAUCGCGCAACCCGAAGCGUCUGUAACCCAAGGUAUGACUGUACAGCCAUUUUAAUCAAAAUCUGAGAUGUAGUUGUUAAUUUUCUGAAAAAUAAACGUGCUGAUCCCUGGUGGGGCAACCCCAGUGAAGAAGGUCAAAGGGUUACCCAGACCACAUUGCUGGUUGAGAAGGGGGGGCGGGUCAUGACAGUUGGAGCUCCAGGGACCCCCCCAAAAAAACUUAGAAUAAUAGGCGGAGCCAGCAAAUUCUGAUUUUUGUCCCUGUCCUCUUCCUUGAUGCAUUCUGCAAGGGGCAACCCUGAGAUUUAAGGAGAAGAGGAAGAUGGCAACAAGAACCAUCCCCUGGGCUGGUUUAAAUUAAGAAGGAAAGUGGGGAGCACGGGGUUGCUGGCCAAAGGCAGAGGAGCAAAGUUGGUGGGGGGCAGUGCCCCAUUUGCCUAAUGGAUCUUGCCCCAGCCUACAGAAAGGGGUAGCUUUGGCUGGGGAGGGCGGGAUAUAAAUAAAAUUUAUUAUUAUUAUGUAUGUGUUAUUAUUAUUAUUAUUAUUUCUUUGCUCCGGGACCUCACCUGUCUUUCUCCCCUCCGCAGGUAAGCUGUGUUGGAAACUUGCGGGAUAUUUCCUCUGGCCGUUUGGGAAAGUCAUUCAAAAGGUAGGAGACCCAAACGGAAGCUGGCAGCCGUCUGUCCAGGACACAGCCUGCAGCCGUUGAUUUUUGCAGAACAGCGACUUCGGGCGUUUUUGAGAGGUGCCGGCCAAUAAUGGCGGCUGAGGAAGCUGCGUGUCUUUGGGGCAGCGGUUGAGGGAAGAGGGGGGCCGUGGCUUGCGAGAUGAAACCUGCCUGCUCCUCUGGGGUGGGGGGUGAUUUCGGUGCUCGCCUUACGGUCACUUCUGGAAAGAAUAUGCAGGACGAAAUGCAGCCAGCCUUUGAAUAAUAAUAAUAAUUUAUUAUUUAUACCCAGCCCAUCUGGCUGAGUUUCCCCAGCCACUCUGGGCGGCUUCCAAUCAAGUGUUAAAAACAAUACAGCAUUAAAUAUUAAAAACUUCCCUAAACAGGGCUGCCUUCAGAUGUCUUUUAAAGAGAACAUAGCUGCUUAUUUCCUUCACAUCCGAAGGGAGGGCGUUCCACAGGGAGGUGCCACCACCGCGAAGGCCCUCUGUCUGGUUCCCUGUAACCUCACUUCUCGCAAUGAGGGAACCGCCAGAAGGCCCUCGGUUCUGGAUCUCAGUGUCCGGGCUGAAUGAUGGGGGUGGAGACGGCUCCUUCAGGUAUACAGGACCGAGGCCAUUUGAAAUGAUGUUCACUUCUCCGAAUUCUGUACUGCUGUUUAAAAAUUGCUUAGCCAUGUGAAGAUAGCAGUAGAAAAAUACAUGCGAGUGGAUGGGGAGAGAAUUGCUUACAAAAAUACCGUAUGUUCCGGCGUACAAGACGACUUUUUAGCCCUGGAAAAUCACCCCAAAAGUCGGGGGUCGUCUUAUACACCAGGAAUACACAUUGGGAAGUGAGCAGAGGUGCCCCUUCUGCUGUCGCUCCUCCUCCCUCCCCACAGAAGGGAACACAGAAAAUCCUUCCGAGCGCGGCGCUCGCCCGCCCGCCCACCAAACGCCUUGCCUUGGGCUGCUGCGAUAGCAGAGGCAGCGGAGGAGUGCGCGAUCUGCCCCUGGCGGCUCUCAAACUCUAUAACUCUAAAACUCUAAAAUUGAACAGCAAAAGUUGGGGGUCGUCUUAUGCUCCCAGUCACCUAAUACGCCAGAAUCUACGGUAUGUUUAUUAGAAGAAAUGUGCAAUGAUAGCACAUCUUUGUGAGGACUCUACCACCUCCAGCACAGACCACCUCGGAUGCAGUUUUAAAUCCUAGACAGCUGUACCUUGGGAGUCAAACGGAAUCCGUUCCAGAAGUCCGUUCGACUUCCAAAGGGUUCAGAAACCAAUGCGUGGCUUCCGAUUGGCCACAGAAAGCUCCUAAAGCCAAUCGGAAGCCCCGUCGGACGUUUGGCUUCCAAAAGAACGUUCGGAAACCGGAAUGUUCACUUCCAGGUUUCCGGCGUUUGGGAGUCAAAACAUUCGAGAACUAAGCUGUUUGAAAACAAAGGUACAGCUGUGUUUAGUUUUGUUGCGUGUUGGCAAAUCGCAGUAAGUCUACAGUGGACGCUUGGGUUGCGAACGUGAUUCAUGUGGGAUGCACGUUCGCAACCCACAGCAGUGCGUCUGCGCACGCGUGGGUUGCGACCCGGCGCUUCUGCGCAUGCACAAAGCACAAUUUAGUGCUUCUGCGCAUGCGCGACUGCCAAAACCUGGAAGGAACCCAUUCUGGUACUUCCAGGUUUUGGCGCAUCCGUAACCCGAAAAAACACAACCUGAAGUGUCUGUAACCCAAGGUAUGACUGUACAGUGGUACCUCGGGUUACAUACACUUCAGGUUACAGAUGCUUCAGGUUACAGACUCCGCUAACCCAGAAAUAGUGCUUCAGGUUAAGAACAUUGCUUCAGGAUGAGAACAGAAAUUGCAUGGCAGCGGCGGGAGGCCCCAUUAGCUAAAGUGGUGCUUCAGGUUAAGAACAGUUUCAGGUUAAGUACGGACCUCUGGAACGAAUUAAGUACUUAACCCAAGGUACCACUGUAAUGUGAAAGGUGAUUCAUAAUCUAUUGUUGUUGUUGUUAUUUUAUUAUUAUAAUAUUUUUCCUAAUGUAUACAUUUUUGCAACCCGUUUCCACGCAGUAAAAAUAAUGUCUUGGGCUUUGAUUUGGGAAGCGCCCUUUCCCUCCCUUGACUUCUUUCUCAACUCCUGCAUCUCGCAGACAAAAACUUACCACCGGAACUGCAACAUGAAGUUCAGCAAAUACGAUGCCAUUGCAGAAGUGAACGAGGUGAAGGAGACGACUCCCCUCGUCGCCCGCCAGGAGUCGGCUUGCGAGGACAGUGCAGCGCACUGGGUAAGGUGGGGUGCUGCUUUCCUAGAAUUGUAGAGUUCGAAGGGACCCCCCAAAGGCCAUCUAUUUCAGCCCCCUGGAAUGCAGGAAUCACAGCUCAAGAAUCCUUAAAGGAGAGAGGGCAGACUCCCCCCCCCCCACUGGAGGUUUUAAAACAGAGGUUGGAGAAAACGAGUGAGGUCCCAACUAAAAAAGAAUGGCAACUGAAGCUGACGGAAUAUGCGCAGCUUGCAGACUUAACAUAUAGAAUAAGAGAACAAGAAAAACAUAGGUUUAAAGAAGAUUGGAAAACAUUUGUUGAAUAUAUGGGGAAAUUGUUUAAAGUGGAGCCUCUGGAUAUGAAUUUAAUUUGUUCUGGAGGUCCAUGCGCACCCAGAAAAUUUUUUAACCAGAGGCGCCGCUUUCGCGCACGUGCAUGGCACGAUAAAGCGUUUCUGCGCAUGCGUGAGUGGUGAAAGCCGGAAAAAUACUUCUGGGUUUGCCACUUACGCAACCCAAAGUUUAUAUGACUCGAGAGUAACGUAACCUAAGGGUCUACUGUACAUUUGAAAACGUUGGCAGCGUAAAGUUAAAUUUAAUAGUGUAAACAAGUUUGGAUGGAUGUAGUAAUGGAAUACAGUGGUACCUCAGGUUAAGAACUUAAUUCAUUCCAGAGGUCCGUUCUUAACCUGAAACUGUUCUUAACCUGAAGCACCACAUUAGAUAAUGGGGCCUCCCACCGCCAUGCGAUUUCUGUUCUCAUCCUGAAGCAAAGUUAUUAACCCAAGGUACUAUUUCUGGGUUAGCAGAGUCUGUAACCUGAAGCAUCUGUAACCCGAGGUACCACUGUGCUGAAUGGUUUAAUUUACCUAAAAUAUGCAGGGAUUUAUGAUAUGUAAAAUGAACCGUGGAAAGAGAAGACGGGAAGUCAUUGAUAUUUUGAGGAUGUUUAGGUGAGCAUUCUAAAUUGUAAAACAGAAAAUUUAAUAGAAUUAUAUUUUAAAAAAUAAAACAGCGGUUGGGUGCCCAUCUGCCAAGGAGUCUGUAGCUGUGAUUCCCGUCAUGUGUGAGGGCUGGACUAGAUGGCUCUUGGUGUCCCUUCCACCUCUACAGUUUUGUGGUUCCACCCCUGUGUGUUUUUGAUCUGCCGUGGGGAAGCUCUCCCCUGACGGAUCCAUCCCAUUCCCCAUUUCUCCCCCAGCGGCGUCCCAGCACCUACGUCUGGCUCCUUUUGGGCUACCCGCUCCUCUCUCUCGCCCACGGGCUGAUCUGCUUCGUCUGCUGGCUCCUCGUCUUCAUCAUCCCCGUGGCCAAGAUGAACGGCCGCACCGUCACCAAGCUCCUCCUCCUGCCCCCGGAGCAGGUCCACGUCCAGCGGCUGCGGAAGGUAAAGGUGAAGGCGGGGCGGGGGCCGCGGAGGUUGCAGAGGGCCGGGCCCCCGUGGAGAAAGGCUUGUGGCUUUUUAGCCAAGCAAGCAAGAGACGGCACGGGGAGAAUUAUCCGAACAGAUAAACAAAGAUAUUUCGUCACACGGUUCGUUGUUAGCCUGUGGAACUGCCUGCCACAGGAGACAGGGAUGACCAUCAGCUGGGAUGGAUAUAAAAGAGGAUCACAGAUGAGGAGAGGGCAAAGCUUCUCGAUCCCACUUGCAGGAAACGCCAGAAGGAGAGAGUUGCUCUCGCGCUCGGAUCCUGUUCGCAGGUUUCCCUUCGGAGCAUCGGGUCGUCCCCUGCGAGAACAGGGUGCUGGACUGUAUGGGCUAUUAGCCUGAUCCAGCUGGCUUUUGUGUGUGUGUUGUAACACAGGUGGCGCUGUGGGUUAAACCACUGAGCCUAGGACUUGCCAAUCGGAAGGUCGGCGGUUCGAAUCCCGCAAUGACGGGGUGAGCUCCCGUUGCUCGGUCCCUGCUCCUGCCAACCUAGCAGUUCGAAAGCACGUCAAAGUGCAAGUAGAUAAAUAGGUACCGCUCCGGCAGGAAGGUAAACGGCGUUUCCAUGCGCUGCUCUGGUUCUCCAGAAGCGGCUUAGUCAUGCUGGCCACAUGACCCGGAAGCUGUACGCCAGCUCCUUCGGCCAGUAAAGCGAGAUGAGCGCCGCAACCCCAGAGUCGGCCACGACUGGACCUAAUGGUCAGGGGUACCUUUAUCUUUUUAUGUUAUAACAUCCCAGGGCAAGCACACGCAAUUCACACAGUCCCUACCCCGGAACUGAAGCUUCAGCACAGGUGUUGGCAACGUUUUUGUGGCUUGGGCCGGUUCACGGUCCCGCAGGUGCCACAGUAGGCCGGCGUGUGUGCGCGCGCAUGCGCAAAUGCUAUUUCCGGCGUGGAGGAGGCGUGCGCAGCUUCUCGUGGGCUGCAGGAGCAUCCCGCAGCCCAUGGGAAGCUGGCUAGUGUCGCAGAAGGCAGGUCCCUGCUCUGCUCCGCACCUGGUUUAGCGCGGCGCACGGGAGCUGACUGAGCUGGCAGGUGGGGGUCCAUGCGCCGGUUAAGCGACCACCAUGGGCCGCCUGUGCCCCAUGGGCCUUAGGAUGCUGACCCAUUUGUAGCAGCAGUUGUAGCAUGUGACUGGCGGUCAAGUUCUGUGAUCCCAGGGCAGCUUGUACUGCCAGCUCCAGUCUGGUAGACGCAGGAUGAGACCACUGCCUGCCCGCAGACUGUCUCUCCAGAGUGGCUGCAUGCUCUGGUCUAUCUCCCGCUUGGACUAGCUGCAAUGCGCUCCUGCAGUGGGGCUACCUUAUGAAGGUGACCCAGAACACUGCAACUAAUCCAGAAUCAGCAGCUAGACUGAGUGAUCUGAGAUCACGUGCCGCCAAGGCCACAUAGCAGCCGGUCAACUGAAGAUGGUCCUGCACUGGCUUCGCAGUACAAGUUUCUGCAGCUCAAUUGCAACAGAUGUUGCUGCUAGACAUUUAAAGCCCCUCAACGGCCUCGGCCCUAGCUAGCCACACUGAAGGCAUGCAUCUCCACCCCCAGUCGUUCUAGCACUGCACACUGAGGUGCACAGCAUCCAAGGCCUUCUAGCUGGCUUCCCUCCCUGCGAGCAGUGAGGUUACAGGGAGCCAGGCAGAGGAGCCUUCUUGGUGGUGGCGCCCGCCCUGUGGGACCCCCUCCCUCCAGAUGUCAAAGCGAUAAACAACUACCUGACAUUCAGAAGACAUCUUAAGGGACAGCCCUGUUCAGGGAAGUUUUAAUGUGUGACAUUUUAGUGUAUUUGUGGUCUCUGUGGAAGCUGCCCAGAGUGUGCUGGAAACCCAGCCAGAUGGGCGGGUGUACAAAUAAUAGAUUGUCAUUAUUAUUAUUAUGUUAUUAUUUAUUAUAACUGAUGGUCCGCAGACAGAAGUUCCCUCGAUGCUGAAGUGCUCCUUUGCUGCUACCGGGCUGUGAACGCAUAUUACUACAAAUACGCCGUGGAUGGGAUCAAUGUAUUUGCCGUCAGUAUCCUUUCGGUGUUGUUGGUUUGGGCUUUGCCUCCUUGGGAGUGGGGUUUGCGCGAGAGCUUUGGAUCUGGGUCUCUCUUAGCAGAGUAGGAUCUCUUGAAUGCAGUGAUGGCCCUCCUUGGUUUAUAAACCUCAACUGCGUUGCAUUUAAAAAUAAAAAUUGAGCAGACUGAAUCGGUUAAGCAAAACAGAUGGGUUUUCUGCACGGAGUUGCUUCUGCAAAUGUAGCGAGAGCUGAGGAGCAAAACCUGGACAGAGCUAAACACAGCUAUUUGUCCAAGGUUGUAAAGACUGCGGAGAGAAUAACUGGGUGCACUCUUCCCACCCUGGAUCAAAUCUAUGCUUCCAGGUGCCAUAAGAAAGCUGCAGAGAUAGCGCAGGAUAGUGCGCACCCCAGAAAUGAUCUCUUUCAGCUUCUGCCUUCUGGAAGAAGGUCCAGGGUUAUAAAGACUAGGACUAGCCGCCUAAGAAACAGUUUCUAUCCAAUGCAAUUUUGGUUUUAAACACAGUGUAAGGUGGUCUCUAUGGGAGUAUAUUAUAUUUAAUUAUGGGGUAUCAGAGUUUUAUGGGGCUAACCAGGCUGGGAUAGCUGGGAUAGCCGGCUUGUUGGUUUUUGAAUGUCCGAUGUAGAUUUUUUCAAUUUCGUUGUUCUGUAUGGGACAAUGACAAUAAAGAUUAUCAUAGUGUAUCAACCGUUCUGAAAAACCUCCUUGCCCAUCUUUAAACAAAGAGGUUGCACACUCUGCACAUGCUUAAGAGAACUCUUGACUUUGCAACGGGCCUCCAGAGGAGCCUUGGCUCAGAUCAGGCCCCAGGUGCAGCCCCAACGUUUUGAAGUUUUAAUGUCCUCCAUAAGGCCUAGAAACCUGUUUUGGUUAAAGCAGGAGCGUUGAUAGGGAGAGUGUCAAAACUCUGGCUCUGCUGUCUAAUUCAACGCUUGCACACUGCAGCUCAGCCGGUCCUUGUAUUUCCUAGCACCUCCUUGGCUUCAUCUUCCCAGGAGGAAUAGUUAUAAUAAUAAUAAUAAUUAAUAAUAAUUAUUUAUUAUUUGUACCUCGCCCAUCUGGCUGGGUUUCCCUGCCACUCUGGGCGGCUAUUUCUCAGCGAAACCUCCUGCGCAGUUGAUGCCACUCAAAAGAAAAUAUGCACGUGUGUUUUUCCUUUCAAUACCUCUUGUCAGAUCUGCUCCCUUUGGUUAUUGUGACUCUAGUUCUGGGCUACGCAGAUAAGCACAACCAUUACACCAGCUCUGUGGUUAAGUUCACCUUGGCGCUGCUCUCCAUCAUGCCCCUCUCAUACUACAUAGGCAUGGCAAUUGCCAGGUAAGAGGCGCUAAGAAAGAAUUAACCAUGAGAUCUAGAAUCAUGGGAUCAUACAAGGUGUGACCCGAAAGUUCGGUGAACGUCCACAGAAAUCGGACAGCAAGAAAUAAGUCGAACGUACAACCUUACAGGCCUUCAAAUUAGGCCCCUCUGAUACAACACGCCGUUGACAACGUUUGUAGAACUGUUGGAAACUUCUGGAGAAGUCCUCUUUUCGUACUGCUUUCAGUUCCCUCGUCACAGCAGCUUGGACGUGUGAAUUGUUGGGAAAUCUGUGCCCUUUCAGUGCAGAUUUCAGUUUUGGAAAAAGAAAGAUAUCCGGUGGCCAGAUUGGGAGAAUAUGGAGGGUGGGACAAUUCAGUAACCUCAGUAACGAUUUCACACGGAAUAUGCAAUUCUUCCGCCAUCAUUCAGACAAACGCCGAUCCCUCAUCAAUAACUCACAAUCUCGUAUCGACAUUUGCUGCUGUUCUGCUCGCUGACGGUCUGCCAGACUGAUGGUAAUCUUUGAUGGUUUGCCGCCCUUCACAAAACUGCUCCAACCACUCACACACUGUCUUUCGAGUUACAGCUUCAUCUCUGUACACAAUUGUGAGCAUUUUGUGCGUUUCUGAUGCCGAUUGUGUGUUCGAAUACAGUGGACGCUCGGGUUGUGAACGUGAUCCGUGUGGGAUGCAUGUUCGCAACCUGCAGCAGUGUGUCUGCACACGUGCGGGUUGCGAUUUGGCGCUUCUGCGCAUGCGCAGCCUCCGAACCCGGAGUAACCCGUUCCAGUACUUCCGGGUUUGAGCAUCCAUAACCUGAAAAACGCAACCUGAAGCUUCUGUAACCCGAGUAUGACUGUAUUUCUUGCUGCCCGAUUUCUGUGACCAUUCCAUAGCUGUCAACUUACAGAUUUUAAAAUAAGGGACCAGCAGCCUUGAAAAUAAGGGAUCAGCAGCCAAAAUAAGGGUUUUCUGGGCACAGGUAUGUUCAACUUCUGAGCCCCUCCGAGCCAAGGCAGAAAGCCCAGCCAGCAGCCAAGCAAGCCUCAGCGGUGGUUCCCACAGCGCAGCAACCCAGCAAGGGGACGCAGCAAGGAAAACCACUGUCACCUCUCCGCUGGGAGCGCUGAGCAACGGCGAGUCCCCAGACACGCGGCCGAUUUGAUCGCCACACGGCAUGCAAGCUCCACCCCCAGUCGUUCUCAGACUCCUUAUGGGUGAGCAGCGCAGCCGCAGCCAGCUGGAGCCUCCCUCCUCCUGGCCGGCAGGGAGGGAGGGAGAGCUCUCCUUUGAAACCCGGGAAUUUAAGGGACAUCAUCGAUAGCGACAGCAGUGGGACACGGCACUGGGAUAGGGAGUUUCCCGCCAAAUAAGGGACAGUUGACAGCUGUGGACCAUUCACUGAACUUUCCGGUCACACCUUGUAGAAUGGCUGAGUUGUGAAGGACCCCAAGGCUCUUCUGAUGAUGCUAAGGGCCGGUGACUUCACCUCGUGGACCUUCUCCGUUUCUCCUGCAGCAUCUCAGCCCAGAGCAACUUUGCGGUGGGGGCCGUGGUCAACGCCACGUUCGGCUCCAUCACGGAGCUCACUUUCUACAUCACGGCCCUCAUCAAAGGCGCCCGAGAAAAGAACAAGUGCUACGAGGAAAUCGUCAAGUCCGCCUUGACAGGGACCCUGCUGGGCUGUGUCCUUUUCAUCCCGGUGAGUCCAGCCCUCGAGUGGCCAUACAAGACACUCUGAAAUAAACAACUACCUGACUUUCAGAAAACAUCUGAAGGCAGCCCUGUUUAGGGAAGUUUUUAAUGUUUGAUGUAUUUAUCAUGUUUUGAAUGUUCUAUUGGGAGCCACCGAGAGUAGCUGGGGAAACCCAGCCAGAUGAGCGGGGUAUAAAUCAAUCAAUCAAUAACAAUAACAUCUAUCUAUCUAUCUAUCUAUCUAUCUAUCUAUCAUCUAUCUAUCAUCUUCCCUCUUGGAAUUUGUGGCUUCUCUGUCCCGUCCCCCACUUCCCAAUCCCCUCGUAUCUGUCGGGACUGUUCCUUCUGGCCUGAAAUUCUGAAUUCUGCAACUGAAAUCUGCAAGCGGAACAGGGGAGCUUUCGGCCGCGGGAAGGGAUUUUUUAUUUUACUUUAUUGGUUUCGUAACAUUUGCAUGCCCCUUUGAUUUACAGUGGUACCUCUGGAUGCGAACGGGAUCCGUUCCGGAGCCCCGUUCGCAUCCUGAAAGGAACGUAAGACAUGACUGCGCGUGCGCGGGUCGCGUUUCGCUACUUCCGGGCAUGCGUGUGACAUCAUUUUGAGCAUCUGCGCAAGCAGCAAAACCCGGAAGUAACACGUUCCGUUACUUCCGGGUCGCUGCAGAGCGCAACCUGAAAACACUCAACCUGAAGCAUAUUCAUCCCAAGGUAUGACUGUAAUUAAUUAAUUGGUGAAUUUACUAGACUCCUCCUCUCGCCGCGUUAGCUUGGGAAAGGCUGUACUAGAAUAAGACUCCCCUUUUCUGCACGCCGAAUGGAGUUCCCAGCCUGGUUCCACAGUGGUCCCGUCCCCGACCGCGUGACACAUUAUUCCCUGAUCAUAAUGGAUCUGCAAAACAACAACAGACUUGGGCAAAGUUGCACAAUGAAAAAUCAGAGGGGAGGUGCUCUGCCGUUGCGCCGAGUUCUGCUGCGUUACUGCAAUGUGCUCUACACGGGGCUUCCCUUGCGCUUGAUCCACAGGCUGCAUUGAGUGCAGAAUGCUGCAACACGAUUGCUGACAGUAAUGAGGCCUUCUCAGCAUGUGACGCCUCUGCUCAGAGAUCUGCAUGGCUACGGGGCCAAGUUCAUUGGCAACGCAGACCGGGGAUGGUGGCAUUUGGGACUCCCAGCAACAUUUUUUUUGCUGGGGGUGGGCAGUUUGUUUGUUUUACUUAAAAAAUAUUUUUUAUGAGCCAGCUCAGCCCAGCGGUUCCAUCGACCAAAGCAAUUGCUUAGAUCCCCUAAUCGCUUCCAGCGGUUUGAGACCCGCAGACACUGCCUGGCUUUUAAAAUAAUAAUAAUAAUCUAAUAUAUAAAAUAAUUAUAAUUAUAAUUAUAAUCUGAUCAAUUAUAACAAUAGCAAACAAUUUUAUACCAUAUCUCCACAUUGCAUCUUACCCUUUGUUAUUUUCCUAUUAUUACAUCUUAAUUUUUUACACGUUUUCUUAAUUGUAAGUGUUUAAAGAAGUGCUAGUAAGUCCACUUCUUUACAAUAAUUCUUUAGAUAUAACAUAAACGGUUCCCAGUCCUUCUUAAAAUCUCUAUUGGCCUUGUCUCUUAGUUUUCCAGUUAGUUUCGCCACUCCAGCAUAUUCCAUCAGCUUUUCUUGCCAUUCUUCUUUCGUUGGUAUCUUGUCGUCCUUCCAUCUAACAUCCUAGCUGCCGUUGUGGCAUACAUAAAUAGUUUUUACAUCCUUUUGGCAAGUCUUGACCUGUAAUACCUAACAGAAAUAAUAAUAAUAAUAAUUUUAUUAUUUUGGUUACAGACCAGUUCCAGCUCAAAUACAGUAUCAGGGAAGUCAUAAAACACGAUAAGGAUACAUUUGAAUUUACAAUUGGGUAUAACAGGGACAAUACAGAUAUAGCAGCAGUUAAAAAUAUAUAAUUUAAAUCACUAAAAUACAACCUGAAAUUGUCAUUCAAGGCCUGAGGGAACAAGCUGUGCUACCAUAAUGACCAUAGCUGUCAACGUUUCCCUUUUAAAGGGAAAUUCCCUUAUUCCUAAUUGGAUUCCUUGCAAGAAAAGGGAAAAGUUGACAGCUAUGAUAAUGAUUAAGUUUUAUGGCAGUUGCACAGAAUUUGGCCAACCUAAUAGAAAAGCUUCUGGUCUUUUAACAAAAGAUGUCUUAAACAUUCUUUUCAUUUUAUUGUAAAUCGUUCCCCAAUAACUUUUAGUUACUUUGCAAUCCUGCCACUAAUAAUAAUAAUAAAUAAUAAUAAAUAAUAAUAAAUAAUACCCCACCCAUCUGGCUGGGCUUCCCCAGCCAGUCUGGGCAGCUUCCAACAAAAUAUUAAAAUACAGUCAUGUAUCAAACAAUAAAAGCUUCCCUAAACAGGUCCUCCUUCUCUUUGCAUUUCCAACACUUAUUGGAGCUUGUCCUAUCCAUUUUUGCCAUUUUUUCAGGGGUAAUGUACCAUCUCUCAGGGGUGGGCAGUGUUAAGUUGUGGGUGAACAUAUCAGACGACACAGCAAUUCUUCAAACAGCUCUUGUUUAUUCACAGGCCAGGACAGAACUGAACUGAAGGGUUCAGCCAGCCUGCUUAUAUAGAGCUCCACUACAAUGCAACAGUAACAACUUUCUGUAACUAUCCAAUCACUGAACGUCACUUUCGAUCCCUUAUUUGCAUAACUAUCUACAGCAUCCCCUGCUGGCCCAGGGUGAGAACUUCAGUACAGUGGUGCCUCGCAAGACGAAAAGAAUCCGUUCCGCGAGUCUCUUCGUCUUGUGGUUUGUCUCGUCUUGCGAAGCAAGCGCCAUUAGCGGUUUAGCGGAUUAGCGCAUAGCUGUUAAGCGGCUUAGCGGAUCAGCUGAUAAGCGGCUUAGCGGAUCAGCUGUUAAGCGGCUUAGCGGAUCAGCUGAUAAGCGGCUUAGCGGCUUGGGGAAAGGAAAAAAACCCCACAGGAACUCGCAAGACAUUUUCGUCUUGCGAAGCAAGCCCAUAGGAAAUUCGUUUUGCGAAGCACCUCCAAAACGGAAAACCCUUUCGUCUAGCGGGUUUUCCGUCUUGCGAGGCAUUCGUCUUGCGGGGCACCACUGUACAUAACAGGCAGUUUGGAGAAUUCUGAGCUAGGUCUUCCUGCUUCCUCGCUGCCUCUUCCAAAGCCAGGCUGGCGAACGCAAGGAUAAAGCCACUAUCCUUCUCUCUCUUUCUCCUUCUAGGGGCUGUGCAUGGUGAUUGGCGGCAUUCGGCACCAAGAGCAGAGAUUCAACAGCAGGUCAGCCGGGGUCAGCUCUGCCCUCCUCUUCCUCUCUGUGGGAGGUAAGUUGCGGAGGUAGGUAGGAGGGAGCUAUUGAGAGAUAGCCUUCUCCAACUUGCAAUCAUUUAUUGCGUUUGACUAGAAGCCACUACAGAUUAGUUUUUACAGAUCCAGCAAGUCAAUUAAAACCUAAUGAAAGAAAACCAGAGACGCGCACCCGUUUACAAUGAGUCAAAAUAAUGAAUCGCCUACAAAGUUUGCGGCAUUGUCUCUUAUAUAGCUUUUAUUUAUUUAGUGUAUUUAGCAAAUGGGGCCGUUUUUUAUUUUUAUACACACACCCCCCCACUAAUUUUUUAACAUAUCCUUUCCAACAGUCAUUUAACAUAUUUUCUUAUCUUAUACAAUGUUUUGGACUUCCAUCAACCGCAUAUGAAGAUUUUUCAGUCUUUAUCACUUAGUCUACAUUUCUUAUUUUCUCUAUUACUUUUAAUUGUCCUUAACUAAUAACUCUCUUCAUUGUCUUCAUUGCAAUAUUUCGCAUAAUCCUCCUUACAAAACUUCUCGCAGUCCUACUAGCGUGAUCUGUUUAUUACAAUUGCUUUUCAAAUAAUUCAAAUAUUUACUCCAGUCCUCUAAGAAUCUCCGGUCCUGCAGGUUUCGAAUCCUUCCUGUCAUCUUAUCUAAUUCUAUAUAGUCCAUUAAUUUCAUUUGCUGUUUUGUAUGUGACAAGCAGGUCGGCAGUCAGAUAAUAGCCAACGUAUUUUCACUUCAGGGUUCUGCCAGCAUCUGUUCCACAAAAUCUCUUUCUGGGGUUUUGAUAGAGCUUAUAAUAGAGCAUAGGGACGUGGGUGGCACUAUGGGUUAAACCACAGAGCCUAGGGCUUGCCCAUCAGAAGGUCGGCGGUUCGAAUCCCUGCGACAGGGUGAGCUCCCAUUGCUCGGUCCCUGCUCCUGCCAACCUAGCAGUUCGAAAGCACGUCAAAGUGCAAGUAGAUAAAUAGGUACCGCUCCAGCGGGAAGGUAAACAGCAUUUCCGUGCGCUGCUCUGGUUCGCCAGAAGUGGCUUAGUCAUGCUGGCCACAUGACCCGGAAGCUGUCUGCGGAUAAACGCCAGCUCCCUCGGCCUAUAGAGCGAGAUGAGCGUGCAACCCCAGAGUCGGUCACGACUGGACCUAAUGGUCAGGGGUCCCUUUACCUUUACCUUUAUAAUAGAGCAUAUCACAGGGAGAUCUUCUACCACACCUACAAAUACAUAGUCUUAAAUGCCUUGGAACAUUUCUGUAUCUUCCGUCUAAGACUGAUGUAGGGAUUGUUUGAAAACGGAGAGCAGUUCUCAGGGAGGCAAAGGGCAGUGACAGCAAAUUUUGUGCUCCUGGUAUGACUAGAUUUCAGUAAAUAGUACCAAUAGAAGAAUUUUGACAUAUGGAUUAGAGAUAAAUCAUCCUUGUUAUCCUGUUUAUAAAUCCAACCCCUGAGCAGUCUUGUAACACCAGGGAAUACAAAAAUAUCUGUUGUCAUGUUUUUGAGGCUAGCAGGUCUAACUGUCAGGAGUUCAGCCUACUCUCAAGUAGGACCCUGGCAGAGACACAUGCCCAUCUGGCAUGUUUCCUCCCUCCUGGUCUUUCGUUUGGGAGCUUCAAAAGCUUUCUUCUGCCCGAACAUCACAGCGACCAAUUCCAACUGACACCGGCACACUUAGGGAUCCGCAGAGUUUGCGCAUCAUGAGCGUAACAGACCUCAGCAACUCAGCACUUUGGCUAAUCUACUUUGUUUACAUAUAAACACACACGGAGCACUGCAACAUGGCUCCCUCUCUCUCUAGCAUCAGACAGCAAAGGGAAAAGGAACAAAGGACAAUAGCCCCACUUCACGGAACACAGUAACACAAACAUCCUGUCUCCGUCACUUCCCACUUUGUGGAGUCAAAACAUACACCGUCAUGUGAUAGACAAAAAUUCCAUGACUGCAAUCAUGGAGCAGGAAUUCUAACAUCCUCCCCCAAUUCAUGAUAUGUCUUGCAGACAUCAGUGUAACUGCAACAACCAUACAGAUGUCAUACACACAGUAUAUGAGCUAUCCAGGACAGAAAAGCAGCCAGAAUUGCCUUAACCCUCCACAAUAAGGCUGAACAUCCAUAUUAAAAUGUGCUAUAAAAUGAUCCCGUUAAAACAACACAGUAGAGUGAUACCUUGGUUCUCAAACGUCUUGGUACUCAAACAACUUGGAACCCAAACACUGCAAACCCGGUUUGCAAACUUUCUUUGGAAGCUGAACAUGCUCCGUUUUGAGUGUUACGCUGAGGUCUGUCUGUUUUUGCUAUUUAUUUUGCGCUUUUGUUUUCGCAGCCCUUUUCGUUUUGUUUUUGUGACUGUGUGGAACCCAGUUCAGCUCCUGACGGAUUGAUUGUGUGUGUGACUGCAGUACACCGUUUACUGCUUUCCUUUUAUGGAUCAACUGUCUCGUUAGAUAGUAAAAUUCAUGUUAAACUGCUGUUUUAGGGAUUGGUUUUUUUAAAAAGUCUGGAACGGAUUAAUCCGUUUUGCAUGACUUUCUGUGGGAAAGCGCGCCUCGGUUUUGCAACGCUUUGGUUACGGAACGGACUUCUAGAACGGAUUAAGUUUGAGAACUGAGGUACCCCUGCAAUGAAAAUGGGGAACUCGGCUCAGGGGGGAAGAUGUGGGCUGGACGGAUCCUGGGAGGCGAUGGGGCUGAUCUUCUCUCGCUCUCCUUUCCCCCCAGGUGUGUUCGCUCCAACCCUCUUCUCCAAAGUCUACGGGAGGCUGGUCUGCGGGGAAUGCCAGAACGUCACCCAAGAGCCACCAGGGCACUACGUCUGCCAGAGCUGCUACUUUGACUUGGUGAGCAGCAGCUUCUGGGCCCCACAUGGGGCUGGGAUUUCACCAACCAGUCCCAGCCGCGUUGGCUAUGUUGUUGUUGUUUAGUCAUUCAGUCGUGUCCGACUCUUUGUGACCCCCUGGACCAGAGCACGCCAGGCACUCCUGUCUUCCACUGCCUCCUGCAGUUUGGUCAAACUCAUGCUGGUAGCUUCGAGAACACUGUCCCACCAUCUCGUCCUCUGUCGUCCCCUUCUCCUUGUGCCCUCCAUCUUUCCCAGCAUCAGGGUCUUUUCCAGGGAGUCUUCUCUUCUCAUGAGGUGGCCAAAGUCUUGGAGCCUCAGCUUCAGGAUCUGUCCUUCCAGUGAGCACUCAGGGCUAAUUUCCUUCAGAAUGGAUAGGUUGGAUCUUCUUGCAGUCCAUGGGACUCUCCAGAGUCUCCUCCAGCACCAGAAUUCAAAAGCAUCCAUUCUUUGGUUGAUCAGCCUUCUUUCUGGUCCAGCUCUCACUUCCAUACAUCACUACUGGGAAAACCAGAGCUUUAACUAUACGGACCUUUGUUGGCAAGGUGAUGUCUCUGCUUUGUAAGAUGCUGUCUAGGUUUGUCAUUGCUUUUCUCCCAAGAAGCAGGUGUCUUUUAAUUUCGUGACUGCUGUCACCAUCUGCAGCGAUCAUGGAGCCCAAGAAAGUAAAAUCUCUCACUGCCUCCAUUUCUUCCCCUUCUAUUUGCCAGGAGGUGAUGGGACCAGUGGCCAUGAUCAUAAAUCAGGCAUAAUCUCUUUGCUGCUCUGCAGUGGAUCUCAGCGGCAAAAACCAGCCCAGAUGCAUUCUGAGUUGCUGGUUUCUUCAGACACCGCAGGGGAUUUUGGCUUCUUAGGGUUCCAAGUUGUUGGCGAUUACCGUAUUUUUUGCUCUAUAAGACUCACUUUUUCCCUCCUAAAAAGUAAGGGGGGAAUGUGUGUGCGUCUUACGGAACGAAUGCAGGCUGCGCAGCUAUCCCAGAAGCCAGAACAGCGAGAGGGAUUGCUGCUUUCACUGCGUAGUGAUCCCUCUUGCUGUUCUGGCUUCUGAGAUUCAGAAUAUUUUUUUUCUUGUUUUCCUCCUCCAAAAACUAGGUGCGUCUUAGUGGUUUGGUGCGUCUUAUAGAGCAAAAAAUACGGUAAAUUUCUAUACCGCUUAAAGCCAAAAUACAGUCAUAACUUGGGUUACAGCCACUUCAGGUUGCAUUUUUUUGGGUUAUGGCCCCGCUGAAACCAGGAAGUACCGGAACGGGUUACUUCCAGGUUCGGCGGUCGUGCAUGCGCAGAAGCGCUAAAUCGCGCUUUGCGCAUGUGCAGAAGCGCUGAAUUGCAACCCGCAUGUGAGCAGACGGGCCGCUGCGGUUUGCGAACGCUGCGGGUUGCGAACGUGCAUCCCGCACGGAUCACAUCCGCAACUCGAGCGUCCGCUGUAACUCGCUGAGCUGUUUACCAAGUAUAAAAACAGUUGCUUUUAUUAUCAAUUAACAUUUCAUAUUGCCCUUCAUGAAGAGACCUCGGGGCAGAUUACAGCUUAAAUCGCAAAGCAGGUAACAUAAGAGCAAAAAGGGGGCAGGGAAAAACUGCUCAGGGGUCAUAAUGUAAAUACCCCUAAUUAAAUUAUUAUUAUUAUUUAUUAAAAUUAUUAGUUGCUCUUUUUUUUUUUGCAAUGGCAACUCAAAGCAGCUUCGCGACUUACAAUAAAAGAACAACAUAUAUUGAAACAACCCAUCUGCUCUAAAAGGUUGUAGAUGGUUCACUCAGCCUUGUUAAAGAGAAAGUUUAAAUGAAGGUGCCGGACAAGCAUCCACAAACAGGGAGCCGAUGCAGAAAAGGCCCCGUCCUUGUUUUGCCACCAUCUGGAUGUCCCACGAAGAUGAUCUCAGGGUCUGGUGCUAUACCAGCUACACUGGCUCCCGGUGGAGUCCAGGGUCAGGAUUAAGGUUUUGACCUUUAAAGCCCUAUGCGGCCUGGGACCCUCGUACCUACGGGACCGCCUCUCCUGGUAUGUCCCGCAGAGGACCUUAAGGUCCACAAAUGACAACAUUUUGGAGGUCCCAAGUCGCAAGGGGGUUAGAUUGGCCUCAACCAGGGCCAGGGCCUUUUCAGCACUGGCCCCAACUUGGUGGAACGCUCUGUCCCAAGAGACUAGGGCCCUGCGGGACUUGACAUCUUUCCGCAGGGCCUGCAAGACAGAGCUGUUCCACCAGGCCUUUGGUUUGGACUCAGUCUGACCCUUAUGUUUCCCUCCCCUUAUGAUCUAUGGGCUACUUUAAAAAUGAGGCUGCAUUUUAAAUUGCAUGUUAACCUGUAUUUUAAAUUGGUUCCUGCCCCCCUUAUGUUUUUACUGUAAUUUUACUGGUGUUAGCCGCCCUGAGCCCGGCUCUGGCCAGGGAGGGUGGGGGUAUAAAUAAAAAUUAUUAUUCUUAUUAUUCUUAUUAUUAUUAUUUUCAGUUCAUAUGGGGAGAGGCUUUCCUUGAGGGCUGCGGUCUUAAAACUUUAUAGGUCAAACCCAGCUCUUUGAAUUGGGUCCAGAAACUACCGUAUUUUUCGCUCCAUAAGGCGCACCGGACCAUAGAGCGUACCUAGUUUUUUGGGGGAAAUAAAGAAAAAUAAAGAAAAAAAGACAGCCCACUGGCUGUCUUGGCUUCCUCUUUAGCCACGCACAACCUCUCCAGCCGGGAGAGGAAGAAGAAGAAGAAGAUGAGUUUGCAUUUGAUAUCCCGCCUUUCACUCCCCUUCAGGAGUCUCAAAGCGGCUAACAUUCUCCUUUCCCUUCCUCCCCCACAACAAACACUCUGUGGGGUGAGUGGGGCUGAGAGACUUCAGAGAAGUGUGACUGGCCCAAGGUCACCCAGCAGCUGCAUGUGGAGGAGCAGAGACGGGAACCUGGUUACCCAGAUUACGAGACUACCGCUCUUAACCACUACACCACACUGGCUGUGCACGGCUUUGUUUUUAGCCGUGGGGUUGGGGCGGGGGAAGCCCGAACAGGUCCGGGAGCGGAGGCAAAGUUGCGCAGCCUUGCCGCUGCUCCCGGAGCUUGCGGGCUGGGGAGCGCUCCGAAGGUUUGCGGAUAGCUGCCUGAAGCCCGGGAGCGCAGUGAGAGAUGGCACUGCACUCCCGGGCUUCAGGCUGCAGCUGCAAUCCGCAAGCCUUGGAGCCCGGCGGGAACUCCCGCUGCACUCCGAAGGUGUGCGGAUAGCUUCUGAAGCCUGGAGAGUGAGAGGGUCAGUGCGCACCGACCCUCUCACUCUCCAGGCUUCAGCGAAAGCCUGUAUUCACUCCAUAGGACGCACACACAUUUCCCCUUCAUUUUUGGAGGGGGAAAAGUGCGUCCUAUAGAGCGAAAAAUACGGUAAACGGCAGCCUGUUGAGCCAGGAUUGGUCUUAUGUGCUAAAGACAGUCUUGCCUCGGUGAGCAAACUGGCUGCCGAAUUCUGCACCGGCCGAAGUUUCCGAACCAUCUUCAAAGGCAGCCCCACGAAUAACAAUAUUUGCAAAUGGAUAACUUCUGGCACUGCAAGGUCUGAUAAUUCUAUUAUCUCUUGGUAGAUGGAGAACAAUGGAACCCUUUACUACAGCCAUGUUGAGUAAGUACCUAAUCAUUCAUCCUUUUUAUUUGCUUGUCCUGUUUAACUGCUUCUGGUCAUGGGAAACCUCGCUGGCUGGAGCUGUUGUGAGCCACAAAAUUCCAUUCCGUCAUGUGCCAGAGGCGCAUAACAUGCUCUCUGUCUUCCUCAUCCUUAACUGUGGCAGAUCGAUUUUUCUAACGCAGCCCCAUGCAUGAGUCGUUCAUCAUCUGAUCGGAUCACCAGUUCCCUGGUAGCUUCUGAAAAUAAUAAUAAUAAUAAAAAACUCUGCACAAGGCUUGAGGAAGUGACUCCUGCGACUCAAUGGAGCUUCUCAAAGAAACCUGUUUAUUGAGCGUUUAUCCAGAUUUGCAUGCACAAAGCUUACGGGGAGGUUAGGUGGUAUCUGGUCUUUAAUGAGCUUUUGCUCUGAUUUGUUUGUGGGGAGAUUGAGUGAUGAUGAGCAUUCAUUCGCAUUUGAUUUUUCUCAUUAAUCAGUGGUUCGUUCCACUUUUCGUUGCACUUCCUCAUAAUAUUCCUAACAAGUCCGCUUCUUUUCUUUCGUUUUUUUCACUAGCACAGCAGAGCCCUCUGUUCCGUGUUAAUUUUUAUUUACAUGAAGAAUUUCAAAACCAUUUGGCAGAGAAUGUCACGGCCAUUUGCUAUAGAACAUGCAUAGGCAAACUGGGCCCUCCAGAUGUUUUGGGACUACAACUCCCAUCAUCCCUGACCACUGGUCCUGUUAGCGAGGGAUGAUGGGAGUUGUAGUCCCAAAACAUCUGGAGAGCCCAGCUUGCCUAUGCCUGCUAUAGAAGCAUUAAAGCCAAAUGUAUAAAAUCACGAAAUCCAGAAGACUCAGCACGGAACCAAAUGAAUUCCCUGUAGGCACCUGAAAGGCUUUGAAAUGGCGCAAACUUAAAUUUCCCAGUUUGCAGCUGAAUUCCUCCCAUAAAAUACUGACUGCCUAGAACCAUAGAAUUGUAAGGGGCCCCUUGCUGUGCAGGAAUCUCAACAUGCGGUCCCCCAUCCCAUUUGAAACCAAAGUGGACCCUUCUUAGCUCUGCAAAUGUCCUAGCAGUUUUAUUGCUGCACUACCAGGAAGAUAGGGGACGCGGGUGGCGCUGUGGGUUAAACCACAGAGACUAGGACUUGCUGAUCAGAAGGUCGGCGGUUCGAAUCCCCACAAUGGGGUGAGCUCCUGUUGCUCGGUCCCUGCUCCUGCCAACCUAGCAGUUCGAAAGCACGUCAAAGUGCAAGUAGAUAAAUAGGUACCACUCCGGCGGGAAGGUAAACGGCGUUUCCGUGCGCUGCUCUGGUUCGCCAGAAGCGGCUUAGUCAUGCUGGCCACAUGACCCAGAAGCUGUACGCCGGCUCCGUCGGCCAGUAAAGCGAGAUGAGCGCCGCAACCCCAGAGUCGGCCACGACUGGACCUAAUGGUCAGGGGUCCCUUUACCUUUACUUUACUGGGAAGAUAGAAGCACCUGGCCUAUCUUAACUUGGUAUAUAUCAGCUUCCCUUUUUAAAAAAUAUUUUUUAUUAAUUUUCCAUUUAAACGUAUAUAAUCACAUCAUUAUCAUCCACUUUACCUCUUUUGGCUCUUUAGAUUCUGUCGACUGCCUUCCCUCCCACCUCCUGGUUUCAACAGUAACCUUUUUAUCACAGCAUUUUAUAUAUUUCCCCAUUCUAAUAUAACUUUUGUAAUAUAAUAUUACAAAAUACCUCAAAGUUUAAAUAAAUGUAGAAAGGUAAAAUAAUUCUCAUUACAAGUCUUCGGAUAACCCUACUGGUGUUGUUAAUUGCUUACAACGGUCUUUCAGAUAUUGUAUAAAUGUACUCCAGUCUUUUUUGGAAUAUUGAUCGUGCUGGUUUGGGAUUUUUCCCGUCAGUUUCGCCAGUUCCGCAAAGUCCAUCAUCUUCAUCUGCCACUCUUCUUUCGUUGAAACAAAAUAAAAAUAAAAAUUCCUUCCAGUAGCACCUGUUCUUUCGUUGGUACUUCUUGUUGCUUCCAUUUUUGGGCUAAGAGGAUUCUUGCUGCUGUUGUUGCGUACAUGAACAGUCUUUUAUCUUCCCUUCACCUACUAUACCCAGUAAAAAGUCUUCUGGUUUUUUUAACAAAAGUGUUUUUAAACAUUGUCUUUAACUCAUUACAUAUCAUUUCCCAGAAAGCCUUUACCAUUUUACAGGUCCACCACAUAAAAUAUACCUUCCUUUUCUUUAUAUUUCCAACACUUGUUAGAUCUUGUGUUACACAUUUCAGCAAGUUUUGAUGGUGUAAAAUACCAUCUAUACAUCAUUUUCAUCCCAUUUUCUUUAAGUGCACUGCAUGCAUAGAUCAGCUUCUCUGCGCUCAUCUCUGCCUCUUAAGGUUUGGUCCUGGGGCUGCCCUGGCAUGUGGGCCAGGCGUAAAGGCUAAAAACACCCCCCUGCAUAUUUUAACCCUUUGUGUGCGGCAGGCCCCUGGUGUAUACGGUGUCCCUGUUGCUCCCUGCGGCGUACAUCAUCGGCCUCCUCUUCACCCUGAAGACUCACUCGCACAUCUACGACAUCCAUGUCAGCGACUGCCACAGUAAGUACCUUCCUGAGCUUUGCUUUUGUCAGGUGGGGAAUAAUUUAUUAUUUAUACCCCACCCAUCUGGCUGGGUUUCCCCAGCCACUCUGGGCGGCUUCCAGCAAAAUGUUAAAAUACAAUAAUUCAUCAGAUAUUAAAAGCUUCCCUAAAACGGGCAGCCUUCAGAUGUCUUCUAAAAGUCAGAUAGUUGUUUAUUUCCUUGACAUCUGGUGGGAGGGCGUUCCACAGGGCAGGUGCCACCACCGAGAAGGCCCUGUGCUUGGUUCCCUGUAACUUCGCUUCUCGCAGGGAGGGAACUGCCAGAAGGCCCUCAGAGCUGGACCUCAGUGUCGGGGCUGAUCGAUGGGGGUGGAGACUCUCCUUCUGGGCCGAGGCCAUUUAGGGCUUGAAAGGUCAACACCAACACUUUGAAUUGUGCUCAGAAAUGUAAAGGUAAAGGGACCCCUGACCAUUAGGUCCAGUCGUGGCUGACUCUGGGGUUGCAGCGCUCAUCUUGCUUUAUUGGCCGAUGGAGCCGGCGUACAGCUUCUGGGUCAUGUGGCCAGCAUGACUAAGCCGCUUCUGGCGAACCAGAGCAGCGCACGGAAACGCCGUUUACCUUCCCGCCAGAGUGGUACCUAUUUAUCUACUUGCACUGUGAUGUGCUUUCGAACUGCUAGGUUGGCAGGAACAGGGACCGAGCAGCGGGAGCUCACCCUGUCGCGGGGAUUUGAACCACCGACCUUCUGAUCAGCAAGUCCUAGUCUCUGUGGUUUAACCCACAGCGCCACCCACGUCCCUGCUCCAAAACAUACUGGGAGCUAAUGUAGGUCUUUCAGGACCACGGUUAUAUGGUCUGGCUAGUCACCAGUCUAGCGGCCGCAUUCCGGAUUAAUUGCAGUUUCCGAGUCACCUUCAAAGGUAGCCCCACGGAGAGCACGGUGCACUAGGAAGUUGGCCUCUCUUCAUGCCUUGAGGCGGGUUGUGCGCCACCAUGUUGAAGUCCCAGAGCGCUGUAUACAAUUUCUCACAGAGCAGAGUUAAUCUGCGAAACUCGCUGCAGCAGGAAGCAGGGAUGGCCCGUCUUGAAAAAGAUUAGACAAAACCGUGGCAAAAGCUUUCCUUAGGUGGUCUUUUAGAAGCGGGUCGGAUGACAGGCAAGUCCUCCUUCUCCCAGGCCUUUGGCCAAUUAAACAAUCUACAGUGGUACCUCAGGUUAAGAACUUAAUUCGUUCCAGAGGUCCGUUCUUAACCAGAAACGGUUCUUAACCUGAAGUGUGCUUUCGCUAAUGGGGCCUCCUGCCGCCGCCGUGUGAUUUCUGUUCUUAUCCUGGGACAAAGUUCUUAACCUGGAGCAACCACUUCCUGGUUAGCGGAGUUUGUAACCCGAAGCGUCUGUAGCCUGAGGUACCACUGUAUAGGCUAUUAAACUGAAUUGGGUGGUGGUGUAUUUUUUUCGUUUGUUACUAUGCUCUGUGUGUGUGUGUGUGUGUGUGUGUGUGUGUGGUAAAGGUUAAGGUUAAUAGUGACGCAUGUGGCGCUGUGGCCUAAACCACUGAGCCUCUUGGGCUUGCUGAUCAGAAGGUUUGCGGUCCGAAUCCCUGCGACAGGGUGAGUUCCCAUUGCUCGGUCCCUGCUCCCACCAACCUAGCAGUUUGAAAGCACACCAGUGCAAGUAGAUAAAUAGGUACUGCUCCGGCGGGAAGGUAAACGGCGUUUCUAUGUGCUCUGGCACUCAUCACGGUCCUCUGUGUGCCAGUAGCGGUUUAGUCAUGCUGGCCACAUGACCCGGAAAACGGUGGACAAAAAAAAGGGGGAGAAAUUUAAUAAAUAACAACUAUGGUAAUGUUGCUGGACGUUUUGCUGCAUUCUUUUAUAUUCCGUUGGAACCCACCCAGAGUGGCUGAGGCAACGCAGGUGGGUGGGCAGAGGAGUGCAAGCAAUAUUUUUUUCCUUUUUUAAAAAAAAUUUAUUUAACAUAAAUGUUACAAAAUAUAAGCAAAAUAUUGCAAAUACAUACAUACAUACAUAUAUAUUUCAAAUAAGCACAUCUACAGUGGUACCUCGGGUUAAGUACUUAAUUCGUUCCGGAGGUCUGUUCUUAACCUGAAACUGUUCUUAACCUGAAGCACCACUUUAUCUAAUGGGGCCUCCUGCUGCUGCCGUGCUGCUGGAGCCUGAUUUCUGUUCUUAUCCUGAAGCAAAGUUCUUAACCUGAAGCACUAUUUCUGGGUUAGCGGAGUGUGUAACCUGAAGCGUCUGUAACCUGAAGCGUAUGUAACCCGAGGUACCACUGCAUAUGAAAAAAGGAACAAAAGGAACGAGUAAAGAAGAAAAGUUGGAAGAAUUUGUUCCAAGUUUAUUCUACAAAUUCCUCAAUAUGAAAGUAGUAAUAAUAAUUCAUUGAUUGACUUCCAUAACUUACACUGCACUUCCCCAUACAAUCUCGCACAAAUAUUCUAAUCAAUAAGUUUUCUAAAUCUUUCAUAAAUCUAUUCUAAACAAGUAAUCAAUUAUGAUCGUCCUUAUCGACUCCUGACUCCCACCCUCCCCGGCUGCUGCUUCCACGCCACCCGCUUACAGAUGUACGUGUCUCUCCUGUUCUCUAGUGCCCGGCCACCAUCACAGCGCGGUGGUCCACUGGUCUCGCUGGAGAGCUUUGCUCAUCUUGCUGGUCGCCACUCUGGGCAUGUCCGCCUGCGCGGACCUGGCCACGGAGCACAUCAGCCCCAUCUUGAACAACUCGGCAGUGUCUCAGGUGAGGAGGAGGCAGGGCCAGGGCUGGCGCAGGUGGGGGCCGCAGUGGGGCGAUGGGAUCCUUGGCGUGAAGACCUUAUCUCCUUCUCCAUGUCUCCCACCCCAUCUAAGGAGGUGGUUUCUACCGGGGCCUUUUCGGUGGUGGCCCCCCAACCGUAGCUUGCUGUGUCCAGAGAGGCUCUCCUGGCCAUCACAGGAGCAUCUCUUAAGCCUCUCUGUUCUCCCAAGCCUUUCAAUAUGAUUUUUAGUUUUUAGGAUUAUUUUGGUUCAAUUUCUUUUUAAGGUUAUGUGAGAUGCCAUUGGGGGAGUGUCUUCUCAUGAUAAAUAACACUGCACAGUCCUAUAUACAGGUGAAUAAAUUCUGUUGGUUAAGUGGAUGGCAGGGUUUUGAGGUUGGCUGUGGGCAGAAAAGGGGGGAUAUAUGUUGGGAGCUUAGAUUUGUUCUGCAGUGUUGCUGUUAAGCCUCUGAAGUUCUGAUAACCGAACCACCAGUAACAUACAAUGCCUAGUAACUAGGUAUUGCAACUUUAAAAGUGGAAUAUUUAAACAUCCUAUUCAAAGUUCUGGGGUGUUUAUGUUUAGUCUUUUUAUAUACGGUAAAAAGGAUUCUAAAUUCCACACUUAAAAUAGAUUAGAAUCUACCGUAAGUCUAUUGUACUAAUGCAGUUUUGCAUGUACUCUGGAAGUAUCUGGAAAUAAAAGUGUUCAAAAUGUUAAAAAUGGGGGGGGGGGGGAGAAACGGUGUUGUCGUUGGGCCAUUAGCAUUGUUUUAUGGGUCUUUAAGAAUUUGAUCAAGUCUUUGAACGAUAUAUCAGUAACGCAAGGAGGUGUUUUUAUUUUUUUAAGUACCGUACCUUUCGCUCUAUAAGACGCACCAGACCACAAGACGCACCUAGUUUUUGGAGGAGGAAAACAAGAAAAAAAAUAUUCUGAAUCUCAGAAGCCAGAACAGCAAGAGGGAUCGCUGCGCAGCGAAAGCAGCGAUCCCUCUUGCUGUUCUGGCUUCUGGGAUAGCUGCGCAGCCUGCAUUCGCUCCAUAAGACGCACACACACUUCCCCUUACUUUUUAGGAGGGAAAAAGUGAGUCUUAUAGAGCAAAAAAACAACAACGGUAUUUCUUCAUAGCCUCAUGACAUUCUCCCCUAAAUUGCCACUUUCCCACACUUUCUGCUCCCUUGGUCUGGAUUUUCUCUGAACCGGGUUAACUCAGAAAAGGAGAGGGGUGUGAGGAAAUAAUAAUAAUAACAAUAAUAGUAAUAAUAAUAAUAAUAAUGGUGCGAGGAAAUAAUAAAUAAAUAGGAACUUCGGUUGUCAAACAUAAUCCGUUCUGGAAGACUGUUUGACUUCCGAAACGUUUGACAGCUGAGGCGCAAUAGACUGUCGGCAAACGCAAUGGGGGAAAUUGAGAAACGCGCCUCGGAAGCCAUUUGAAAACAGAAGCAAUUACUUCUGGGUUUUCGGGUUCCGAAUCGUUUGGCUUCCGACACGCUAGAAAACCGUGGUUCCACUGUAAUAAUAAUUUAGAUGCCACCUAUCUGACUGGGUUUCCCCAGCCACUCUGGGUGACUCCGAACAAAUCCAAGCUGAUCCUAGGAGGGGAAAGUCAGUGAUUUGGAGGAGAACGUCAUGAAGUGUUGACUAUCCUACAACAUGGAUAGGCAAACUAAGGCCCGGGGGCUGGAUCCGGCCCAAUCGCCUUCUAAAUCUGGCCUGCAGACGGUCCAGGAAUCAGCGUGUUUUUACACGAGUAGAAUGUGUGUUUUUGUUUUAAAUGCAUCUCUGGGUUAUUUGUGGGGCAUAGGAAUUCGUUCAUUAUUUUUUUUCAAAAUAAAGUCCGGCCCCCCACAAGGUCUGAGGGACAGUAGACCAGCCCCCUGCUGAAAAAGUUAGCUGACCGCUGAUCUACACUAAACGACGGCGUGGGUUUGACUUCCGAGGCACGUUUGAAAAUGGAAGCAAUUACUUCCGGGUUUUUGGCGUUCGGGUUUCGAAUCGUUUGGCUUCCGAGAUGCUAGAAAACUGCAGUUCCACCAGGAGCCCGGCUCUGGCCAGGGAGGGUUGGAUAUAAAUAAAAUUUAUUAAUAAUAAUAAUAAUAAUAAUAAUAAUUAAUUUAUAUGCCACCUAUCUGCCUGGUUUCCCCAGCCACUCUGCGUGACUCCCAGCAAAUCCAGGCUGAUCCUAGGAGGGGAAAGUCAUGAAGUGUUGACUAAACGACGGCGUGGGUGAACCCUAUUUUAGUCCCGUUGUGUAUAUAUAUACAGUGGUACCUCAGGUUAAGUACUUAAUUUGUUCCGGAGGUCUGUACUUAACCUGAAACUGUUCUUAACCUAAGGUACCACUUUAGCUAAUGGGGCCGCCUGCUGCCGCCGCGCGAUUUCUGUUUUCAUCCUGAAGCAAAGUUCUUAACCUGAAGCACUAUUUCUGGGUUAGCGGAGUCUGUAACCUGAAGCGUCUGUAACCUGAGGUACCACUGUAUUGAAGCUCUGCACUGCUCGGAGUGAGGAGCUUAUAAAUCGGCUAAAGAACCAAAUAACCAGGCCGCCUCUCCUGCCCUCAGCACUUCAUUGGCGUGACCAUCCUUGCCAUGGUGCCAGAGCUCCCUGAGAUCGUCAACGGGAUCCAGUUUGCCCUGCAGAACAACCUCAGCCUGAGGUGAGUCCGUGGAAGCCUAGCUUGAAGGGUUUCCCAAUAAAUAUUCCUUAAAUAUGCCCCCCUCCUGUGCCAAACCUCUUUAGACUGGGGUGCAGGUCGCAGCAGAUGUGAAGAAGGAAAACCUUUUUUUCCAGCCCAAUAUAUAUAAAUCUCAAAACAGUUUACAGCAAUAAAAGCAUGCAACAAAGACCAUUUAAAAGGUUAAAAACGCCCAUUUUCAGCUGAAACUACAACUCAUUGGUACCGAUAGAGCAGAAAACUUGGAGGCUGACAGUAGAGGGCGCUAAAGCCAAUGGCACCAUCUAUGUCAGGCGUAGGCAAACUCGACCCUCCAGAGGUUUUGGGACUACAGUUCCCAUCAUCCCUGACCACUGGUCCUGUUAGCUAGGGAUGAUGGGAGUUGUAGUCCCAAAACAUCUGGAGGGCCGAGUUUGCCUAUGCCUGAAUUUACCAUUUUGGAAGGAUGUAGUUGUCUUGAGUCGGCUCCCAGUGGAGCGGGAAAGCUUUCAGGAGGUAUUUGAAAGCUGAAUCUCCAGUGGCAUAGAGUUCCACAGGACUGUUCCGACGACAUCAGUUUUUUGUUGUCGAACGAGCUUUUGCCAACUUGGUGUGUGUGUGUGUGUGUGACCAGCAACACUCCUGCAGAUGAUCUCGCCGACCAAGCUAGGAUAGGAUAAUGGUUCAGGUGAUCCCUGAGGAACCGUGGAACCGUGUGGGGAUUGUAAACUUCACCGACAGCCCCUCCUGCGUUGUGGCAGAUGCCCUUGCCAUCCUGACAGAGAGGGGCCUUUGGAACUCUGUGCUACAGGAGGCGAUUUCUAACCGGGUAGCGGGAAGCAGCAAGGCGGUGGGGGUCCUUAUGUAUCCGGGGAGGGGAAUUUUGACGGCUGCAUUCACCUCCCCUCCCUCCUGUCUCUUUCUCUCUUCUAGCAUUGAGAUUGGGAGCUGCAUCGCGGUCCAGGUCUGCAUGCUCCAAAUACCUAUCCUAGUGCUUUUCACAGUCUUCUAUGUAAGUCAUGGGCUCCCCAACCACCUUGUAUCAUCAUGUCAUAGCGUUGAAAGGGACCCCCAAGCAGGGCCAGAUUUAGGUUAAUAAUAAUAAUUAUUAUUAUUUAUACCCUGCCCAUCUGGCUGGGUUUCCCCAGCCACUCUGAGCGGCUUCCAGCAAAGAUUAAAAAUACAUUAAAUGAUGAGGCCCUCAGCUACUGAAGGUAAUGGGGCCCUUUCUAUGUCCAGCUGUCCUUUGUCAACAACAAUUGGUCGCUGUUUUUUGUGUGGAAUACCGUAUUUUCGCACCAUAGGACGCACAUUUUCCCGCCUAAAAAGCCAGGGAAAAUGUGUGUGCGUCCGAUGGAACGAAUGCAGGGGGGAGGCAGGCGGGAAAAGCCCCCAAGAGCCGCACACAAGCUCCGUGCGCUCUUGCGGGCUUUUCCACAGGAGGGAGAAGGGACUGACUGGCAGCAUCAGUCCCUUCUCCCACCUCCCAGAAAAGCCAGGAGAAGCCGCGAUCUCUUUAAAGGGGUUGCGCGGCUUCUGCGGGCUUUUGCGAGAGGUGAGGGAAUCCCCCCACCUCCCAGGAAAGCCAGGAGAAGCGGUGCAGCCCUUUUAAAGUGCGCGUGGCUUCUGCCGGUUUUGCGGGAGGUGGGGUAAUUCCCCCACCUCCCAGUAAAGCCAGAAAAGCCCUGUGCAGUGUCUCCCAGCAAGGAGAGGCAGCACAGGGCUAAAGGGGAAGCCAAAACAGCGAGCGGAAUCCAUCCCGUUCGCUGCCUUGGCUUGUUCCAUAGCUGCACGCAACCCCUCCGGCAGGGAGAGGUUGUGCGCAGCCUGUACGCUGCUCUUUGGGGCUGGGGGGGGGGAAGAUUUUUUUUCUUGAAUUCCCCCCCUAAAAACUGGGUGCGCCCUAUGGUCCGGUGCGCCCUAUGGUGCGAAAAAUACGGUAUAUGCUAUAUGGUAAUUUAUGGACCUAAUAGGUAUCUCAAGCCAUUUGCACAUGUUGCCAUGCACCCAGUCCAUGCAGAAUGUAGGCACCCUGUAUAUAGAAAGGAGCAAACCAGGGCCUUUUCAACACUGGCCCCGACUUGGUGGAACGCUCUGCCUUAUGAGACCAGGGCCCAGCAGGAUCUGAUUUCUUUCCGCAGGGCCUGUAGGACAGAGUUGUUCUGCCUGGCCUUUGGCUUGGAAUCAACUUGAUUCCCUCCCCCUCUUUCUUUUUUCCUUUCUCCUUCUGUGUUGGAACUCCUAUUUGGGGACUUCCCUGGCUUUUUUCUGGCCCAUGUAGGACCAGUCUGGAUAGUUAGCCUUGGUGAAGACUUGACGUUUCCAUCCCAAAAAAGUUUUUGAUUUGCGUUUCUACUGAAAUGAGGCUGCAUUUUAAUGUUUUAAUGUUGUAUUUUAAUCUUGUUUUUAAGCUGUAUUUCAAUUAAUUGUUUUUAUAUUUGGUGUUAGCUGCCCUGAGCCCGGUCUUAGCUGGGAAGGGCGGGGUAUAAAUAAAACAUUAUUAUUAUUAUUAUUAUUAUUAUUAUUAUUAUUAUUUCCAGCCCACGGACUUCAUCCUGGUUUUCAGUGACCUUCAUGUCUAUGCAAGCAUGUUCAGCGUGGUCCUGAUGAAUUACAUCUUUAUGGACGGCAAGUGCGACUACUUCCAAGGUAAAGGUGGCUUUCGAGCUGCGAGUUCCAGUCCUGCCUGCUGGGGGGGCUACCCAGACCCAGAAGACCACCGUCUCUGAGCUAACUUGGGCUGUGUACUUGCUGGAACCUUUAAAGGGCAUUCAAAACGUAAUCUCCACCCCACCCGUCUCCGGGUGCUGGGAAUUGUAGAUGUAAGCAAUCUAAGGGUGUGUUCACAUCAGCAGCUUAAAACUCAGCGAAGUCAUUUCAAGCCAGUUUUGCAUUGAGUUUUCACCAUCUGUGGGCGAAGUUUUUCGCCUUCCAAGGGAUGCCUUCACCAAUGCACAGGACCUUUUGGGUUUCCCCUGCCCGUGAACCUGUCAUCUGCGCAGGUGUGUUCAUCUGUGCAUGCGCAGCGGCCGUCUCAAAUGUUCACACAGUGCAAAGUGAAGUUUUCUAGUUAAGUUUUCUACUUAAGUUUUCUAGUUGGAUUGAAGCUGGGGUUUUUUGGGGGUGUGGAAUACAUCCAACAGCAGGAUUUGUUCAGAAACAGCACGGUCGGUAUAGAUUGUGGGUCGUGCAUCAUGUGUGCGGCUUUAAAAAAAAAUCUAGCAGUGGGAGCACACUGGAUGUUGUUGAAUUUAUUGCCUGCCCUUCAGCAGAUCCUAAGUUACAAGAAAGUGCAAUCUAGAAUUAAAAACAGUUAAAAUCAUCUUGGGCUACAUACUGGCUUAUAGAAAAUACAGUCGUACCUUGGAUUUCAAACAGCUUAGUUCUCGAACAUUUUGGCUCCCUGCAGCCACAAACCCGGAAGCGAGUGAUCCGGUUUGCGAACUGUUUCUGGAAGCCGAACGUCCAACGGGGCUUCGUAUUGGCUGCAGGAGCUCCCUGCAGCCAAUCAGAAGCCGCGCUUUGGCUUCCAAAUGUUUUGGAAGUCGAAUUCCGUUCGACUUCCGAGGGACGGCUGUAGAAUAGCUGGAUGUGUGAAUACUUUGAACAAGUUACGACGUUUAGCUGGCAGAGAAUCAGAAGUCGUUUUUAUCUUUUUCUAGUUUUCUCUUUUUGGAUUGUAUUUUUAAAAUAUUUACUUUUUUCUGGUGUAUUAUAAAAAAAAAAAUACAUACUUUGCCUUGGGUAUGGAUUUUUGAUAAGUAUCAGUAAGAAGAAAAAAGUAAAAGAAAACCCAAGGUGAGCCAAGUUUGUCUCCCAGUGAACCGGGACGGCCUUCAGAUUGCCAAAAAAAGUUGUCUCAUGCAAAUGAUGACUUGGUCUCACUGGUUGAUGAUCUCCGGCGAGCUAGGGACAAAGGUGAGAGCUGUUUCCUAGUUCUGCUGGAUCUCUCAGCGGCGUUUGAUACCAUCGACCAUAACAUCCUUCUGGACCGUCUUGAGGGGCUGGGAGCUGGGGGCACUGUUAUACAGUGGUUCCGCUCCUUCCUCCUGGGCCGUGUCCAGAAAGUGGUGGUGGGGGAUGAGUGUUCAGACCUCUGGGCUCUCACUUUUGGGGUGCCUCAGGGUUCCGUCCUCUCCCCCAUGCUUUUUAAUAUCUAUAUGAAGCUGCUGGGGGUUUGGGCUGGGUGUUCACCCUGUGGAACUCUGAGAUAAUUUAUUGCUGAGAGAGAUAAGGUCUGGCACGCUUCUGUUGCGGCAGACGUCUGUUGCGCAGCACGCAUUCCAAAAGCUCUGAGCAAAAGCAGAGUCUCACAGCGGUCAGAAAUAAAGCCUUCUAUCUUCUGUGCGUCGGUGUGCAUAAAUCAAGCCCUCGCGCAGAGUUACUAAAACUAAAAGCACUUUAUUUGCAGCUCAAACUAUCCUCACAGGAACGCCCUCCCUUCAGAUGUGAAGGAAAUAAGCAGCUAUCCUAUCUUUAAAAGACAACUGAAGGCAGCCCUGUUUAGGGAAGUUUUUAAUAUUUAAUGCUGUAUUGUUUUUAACACUCGAUUGGGAGCUGCCCAGAGUGGCUGGGGAAACUCAGCCAGAUGGGCGGGGUAUGAAUAAUAAAUUAUUAUUAUUAUUAUUAUUAUUAUUAUUAUUAUUAUUAUUGGACCCGCCAAUCUUUCCAUGCUGAUCUGCUCUCUCCCCCCGCAGGCACCGUGCUGGUGAUGGUUUACUUCAUCCUCCUCGCAGUAUACUUUUUUGCUCCUUCUCCCGCCGGGUGCUGAUGCCUCACACCGCGCUGGACCCCAUCCUCCCGCCGCGGAAUGUGCCUUUCGCUCAGGGACUUUAAAAACCGCCGCCACUACCAAGGAAGGUUUCCUGCUGCGUCUUGUCAAGGUGGUGGUGGUGGGAAGCCUCUCUCAGAUUCCUGCCAGCUUCAAAGCUUGUUCCCCGACACGUUGGGUGUUUUUAAAUUGAAGAGGCUGAGCUGGGAACGGCAGAAGGAUGUUGUUGGAAGUUGGAUGGACGGGAGCAAGCAAGCAAGCUCCUUGCUCCUUUCCACGCUCCAAAAAACUGUCCGAGAUUCCCGACAGCUCCGACGUCUGCUGUUUUCUCGAAGGCUCUCGCUGUGUUCGUGACUUUCUGGGGUUCUGUUUGCUCAAAACGGCUAGCUACCUCGUGUCCCGGUGGCGGUGGUCAAGGUGGUGAUGGCAGGGUGCUCCCAACCAAAGCUGCCUCUGGCCUUGACUCCAAGCACAAUAAAAGAUGCCUCUUCUGAAUACGUCUCCCAGUUGGCCCUUGAACUUCUUUUCAGUAGCUCUGAGUCGCCGUCUUAUCUCAAUAGGGAGGCUGUGUGGUCAUGAAAUACCGUAUUUUUCGCUCCAUAAGACGCACUUUUUUCCUCCUAAAAAGUAAGGGGAAAUGUCUGUGUGUCUUAUGGAGCGAAUGCGUGGUCCCUGGAGCCAAAUUGCCCAGGGGCGAAAAGCAGAUUGUGCUUUCUUUUUUUUCCUUUUUUUUUAAGAGGGAAGGGGGUGUUGAAACAAAGCCGCUGAGCAGCUGAUCGGCAAGCGAUCGGGAGGGGGAUAAGGGACUCUAGCGAUAAAGGAGGCUGCCUGGGAGGGAAGAGGUAAAGACAGCGAACUUGCAAGGAGAGGAGACAGGAAUACUAAAACAAGCAAUGAGGAGAGAAAUUAGAAGAAAAGGAGGAGCAAAAAUUUGCUCCAGCUAAGGAAAAGACACUAAGGCAAACAAGAGGGAAGGGAGUGUUGAAAGGAAGCAGCUG